AGCUACAAGGCAUACGUAAAAGAAGAGCUCCCUUAAGUAACAUGGCUACCGCAAGCUCUCGUCGUUAAUUGAGUCCUGGAGACCCGCGUGCUCGUCAGCCGACCUCAAUGCAGCACUCCAAUUGGCUGAAGGCUCUGAGGAAAAAAAGCUUGAGGGAGCUACAGCUGCGCUUGCCCCUGCAUGGCGUUUUCUUGACCAGAGAUAGUUCUGCCAUGCUGAGUUAAUGCCUUCCGUGCGAUGAAGAAGGGCCGCGUUGAUCACGUAACUAGGUCGGUUGGAUGGAAAGGGCCGGUAGUGUCUUUAAGAAGCGGCUGCGGGAGGCGGUGCAGAGGGUUUGCGGCUCACAUAGACUACAAUUCCCAGGAUGCCAUGUGCUUAGUUAUCUCGGGUGCCUAGACUAGAGCUUCCACUCUACUGCAGCUUGGGAGUUGUCGUGGCUUGCGGUAACAAUGUGUUUGGCUGUAUACACUGAGCAUUUUAUUUCAGUUCUGUCUUGCCACAACUAUUGAAGGGGAAGGCAAAAGUAGGGCUAAGCCCUGUGAUUUAAUACUGUAUUUAUAUCACGGAUUUUCCCCUCCCAAUGUGCAUUAGUUCCCCAUCUUUUUAAAGACAAAUAAAAACAGAAGCAUCCAGCUUUUUCUUGUGAGGAACAGAGGAUGGAGAUUGCAGUUGCUGCUAUUCAUGAAAUUUCUGUACAUAGGAGAAAAUAGAUACAGUAUUGGAUCGGCUGUGUGUUUCUGCUUUUUUCUUACAACAGUGGUCAGUAUAAGUAGUAGUACAUCUCAAGUCUUUUCACCUUCUGGUACAUCUGAGCUCUUCCCUUUACCAUAAGUCAGAAAUGUAGCCACCUGUGUUCUUUCAUCAUGGCUUUGUGUAACAGCAAAACUCCAUAGCAGGAAAUUAAGCUUGUGGACCUUGGUGGCUUGGGGACAAGCGUGACAGCAGACACACUACAUUCAGACAUAAACAUGGUUUAGUGCUAUGUGAACGAACUAAUGCCCUCUCAUUUCCUCCUGCAGCAUAACUGUGAGGAGAUCAGGAGCCUCUGGUUUGGUUUUGAAUAGCAGUUUGUUGUUUUGUUCAAACUGGAGCAAAUUUUAUUAGUUUAAACUAUGGUUUGUUCACAUAUACCCAAAUCAAACCAUGGUUUAUGAUCCUGGUUUGUUUGAAUGAACCAUGGUAAAAACAUUACCCUGUUCCGACAAAAUAACAAAGUGUGGUUGAAAACAGAAGUGGAUGCUUAUGAUCAUGGCCAUAUGCGAAGAGAGGGGAGAGCAGGGUUACACAAGCCUGAGGUGUGGUGUCUGCAACUUAGCUACAGUAUCUUAAGGGUGAAAAAUAAUGCCAAACCACUCGAAAGUAGGAUUGUGUUGGAAACAUAACUUUUGUGUUAACCCUGAUUGAGUUGCCUUUAAGGUAAAGAUAGGCAAUUCCUUCAUGCCAGUUACACAAUUCUUCUAAUUUUCCAUGCCACUUAAAGACCUUUGUAGAGGAUGGUUGGAAGCUGCAGAAAGUAGAAGAAAAGGAGUUUUCUAUUUAGGGAUUGAGAAAAAGAAACACUAGUAGAUAGGAGGAAUUUUGGUCAGAAGUUGCAAUUGUGUAUAUUGUAUCAUUUUGGAGGGGUAUUGAUUUUUUUGUUCUUCUUAUUUGCUUUUAUGUUUCUUGACAGGAUUUGAAUGAAAAUCUCACAUUGUGCUUAUUGCUUCAGUGUGUAGAUAUAGCAACUGACAGAACAUCAAAGAUGGGUUGAUAUCAAGCUAUUAUUCUUUUUCUUUUUUACAUUUGGGGAAAGGGAUGCUCUCACUUUGAAAUGAGCUUACACCAUCUCUUUCUGAAGACUACAUGAAGCCUGAUUCAGUUUACUGAAACACCUAAAUUGACUACUCACUUCUAUCCUAUCCCAUCCCACCCCACGUUUCUCAGUUUUGAUAAGGGUUUUAAUACUCCACAAACUACAUAACUGGGCUGUUCCUUCAGGAAUUUAUCCUCUCUCCAUCGGUGUCAUUAUUUUUUUACAUCAUGGUAUUUUUUCACCAAACAAGCAGCUUGGGGCUACUGAAGUUACUGAAGAAAAGUCACAUGUUUCAUCCCAUGCCGAAGCAUCAGCAGAUGCCCACUGUCUUGGGGUGCUUCAUUUUCACCUCGUCAUAUCAGUGUGCAAAACCAGUGGAUCCCAGAAUUCGUCCAGGAACUACCACAUUGAGUUUUAAAGGUAAAGGUGAAGGUAUAAGGGAGACCAGAGUGGGGAAAGACUAUUCUUCUCCACGCCCUUUCAACCUGUUUGCUGCUGGAGCAUCGAAGAGGAGAUCAGGGCCCCGUGAAGCCAUUGAAGAUUCAGAGCGUUCCAUCCUUUCGAGGCGGAUAACGCUUCAUCCUCCAGAAAAACCUUUGAGUGCUGGCGAAUGGGAAGAGCUGAAGGGACAAUUUGAGGGGCUGAGAAAGUUUGAACUGCUUAUGUUUGAGCAAAUGAUAGCUUGCAACAGUCCCAUCGAUGUGGCCAAAUCCUUGUUGGCUGCAGUGGCUAAUCGAGAGGGAGAUAUUCAAUACAGUAUUUUGCUGAAGUACUUGUGCCUGUGUGUCUCUCAGGGGAGCACGGAGGAGAUUUACGAUGUCCAUGACAUUCUGAAAGCCAGAUUUAAGACUUUAGAAACAUCGGGUUAUGGUCUUCUCAUCAGAGGUCUGAGUGGUACACCACGCUGGAGGGAGGCCUUGUCGCUUCUGGAGGAGUUAAAAAAAGUCAUGACCCCUUCAAAAUCAAACUAUGGAGACUGCAUCAGGGGGGCUCUUCUUAACCGGGAAAUAAAUCUUGCAUGCGAACUGUUUCAUGAGAUGCUAGCUAAGGACCUGGUGCCAAACCUGGAUACCUUACAGAUUUUCUUCGACACUGGCAGAAGUGUGAAGGAUGACAUUUUGAAAACUGAACUCAUGCACAUCCUCUCCUACUUAAGAGAUAAUCAAGUAUAUCCUGGGGAAGCUUUAAUGCAGAGCAUAAAGCAGUGGUUUGAAAGGUAAGUUUAUCCUGUUGCAGGUAACUGGCUGAUCUGAUUCAGCCAGACUUGCCUGGAGACAAUUUCAAAUCAUACAAGCUUCAGAAUCUGAUCACUCUAAGCAGCUGUUAACCUUUGGUUUUGUUUAUUGUUAGUUGUAAAUGCAUGCCAUGUGUCACAUACUUAGGUAGGUCUCCUAAUUUUGUGUCUGUGUAUCUGCGCUGUGGGUUAAACCACAGAGCCUAGGACUUGCCGAUCAGAAGGUCAGCGGUUCGAAUCCCCGCGACGGGGUGAGCUGUUGCUCGGUCCCUGCUCCUGCCAACCUAGCAGUUCAAAAGCACGUCAAAGUGCAAGUAGAUAAAUAGGUACCACUCCGGCGGGAAGGUAAACGGCGUUUCCGUGCGCUGCUCUGGUUCGCCAGAAGCGGCUUAGUCAUGCUGGCCACAUGACCCGGAAGCUGUACGCCGGCUCCCUUGGCCAAUAAAGUGAGAUGAGUGCCGCAACCCCAGAGUAGGCCACAAUUGGACCUAAUGGGCAGGGGUCCCUUUACCUUUACCUAUCUGGUAUUAGUUACAGCGAACUUAGAAAUGUGGCUAAUCAUAUUUUUUUUGCAAGGCAAGGUUCCCUGUGGAGGUGAGCAAAACACUCACUAAUGAAAAGGGUGUGCUACUUUCUAACUCGCAUGCCUGUACAACAUAAGCUGACCCGCUGUGUUAAUCACUUCCUCCUUAUUUCUCUCAACAAUACAAGGAGGUAUUUCAACAACCUACCACAUUUCACAUCCCUUGGAUCCACGUUCUGGUCCCUCUGGAUCUCUACCUGCACUCCCUCGUGCGUAUUAAAGAAUGCCAUUGGACACAGCCACUUUAAAAUAUUUUUUGUUGCAGCCUGUUGACAUCCUUGCACAGGUUAAAUAACAUCUACAACCUUUUGCAAAAGUCCUGCCUUCAGAAUACAUACGUACUGAAUAGGCAGAUGUUAAAUGAUAUUUUCAAGCUUUUGUGGACAUGUAACCUUUACCUUUAGUUAAGUCUGGCAUACUCCUAGGUAUGUUUGCUCGGAAUUUGCAGAAUUGAUGGGUUUUAUCCAUGAGUAAACGUGCAUCAAAUUGCAGAUAAUGCAUUUGAUCAUAUAUGUGUUUGCUUGCUUAUUUAUUGCAUUUGCACACCACCUUUCUGCCAAAGCAUCCAACAUAGUUUACAAUUUUAAAAUAGUAAAAUAAAUAAAUGCUCUAAAAUGUAGAGUGACAAUUGUCUCUAGCUGACAGGGAGCUGGUGGAAGAAGCUCCCUGGCCUUGCUUUCUUCUGCCUUCCCUUGAGGCAGAUGGCUCUUAAUUAAGACCAUGUUCUUUGAAAGUCCCAAAUGUUCAAAAUACUUUACUGACAAGUAAGUAUGCAUAGAAUUGUUGCCUUAGUUUGGAACUAGUCACAAGAGGUGCAUCUUUUGGACUGUGAUUAAAUUUAUAAUAUAUUCUAAUUUUUGUGCAAUUUUUUGUAGUAUUCCCGGAGAAAACUGGAAAGGAAGCUUAACUACCAUCAAACAUAGGUAAACAUUUUUUUAAAAUCUUGAAGCGCUAUUUAAUAAUUUUGCUUAUCAUUACUUUGAUCAAAGAUUUUCAGCCCUGGCUUAAAGUGUGUGUUUUUUUUAAUUGUUUCUGACAAUUUGUGCAUAUAUAAAUUUGUACAGGGGAAUUUAGUGGUUGCUCCACCCCCAUUGUUCUGCCCGAACACUGAGGUCCAGCUCCGAGGACCUUCUGGCGAGAAGUGAGGUUACAAGGAACCAGGCAGAGGGCCUUCUCAGUAGUGGCACCCACCCUGUGAAACGCCCUCCCAUCAGAUGUCAAGGAAAUAAAAUACUAUCUGACUUUUAGAAGAGAUCUGAAGGCAGCUCUGUUUAGAGAAGUUUUUAAUGUUAGAUAUUUUAUCACAUUAUUGUUAUUGUUAUUAUUAUUAUUAUUAUUAAUAUUCUGUUGAGAGCUGCCCAGAGUGGCUGGGGAAACCUAGCCACAUGGUUGGGAUAUAAUAAAUGAUGAUGGUAAUGAUGCAAUCCUGUACCCAGUUACGUGAGAGUAAAUCUCAUUUAAUUCAAUGAGACUUAAUUCUGAAAAGACCUGUAUAGGAUUGUUCUUUAAAUUGAAUGGUGAAAUCACACAGAAAUGUGUAAGUUCAGUAACCACCAAAAUAAAAGGUUAAAUUGUUACAAUUAUUUUAUGAUAUGUUUAAUUAUUGAAUGUCCUGAGGAUUCCUGCUGUCAAGUGAGUGAAAAUAGCAGUGUGUAAUAGGAGUAGAAGUGGAGACAAAGUAAAGGUAUUAGAGAAGAAUACAUUGCUGUAAAGGAAAAAUCAGAAGAACAUUUUCCAACUGCUGUAAACUACAUACAGUGGCAGACAUCUUCAUGCAUUACAUAGUAUAUGGAGGUUUCAGUUGUUUUCUGGUCCUCAGUCUGUGGUGACAGGUAAAAUCAUACCCCAUCAUUCUUGAGUUCAGUCACCUGAACAAUGGAGAAGACACUGCUUUCCUCCCCUCACGGCACUGGUUUCAAACUCCUCUGCCUAGGACUGUAGUGGGGAAUAAAAUACCAUUACAAUUCCUGCAUAAAUUAGCUGAGGGGUUUGUGGAGAGAAAAGCCUCUGUGUGUGUUAUUUGCUACACUCUGGGUGAUGUAGCCCCAACAGUCAAAAAAAGGUUCACCACCCUGCCUUAUAGUGUCCUAUAGUUUUGUAUACCUCUGCCAUUCCCUUAUUUUUGCUAUUCUGGUCAUUCUUCCACCCCACCCCAUCCCAAAAAAGGUUCCCAAACUUGGAUCUCCACCUGUUUUUGGACUACAACUCCCAUCAUCCCUAGCUAGCAGGACAAGUGGUCAGGGAUGAUGGGAACUGUAGUCCCCAAACUGCUGGAGACCCAAGUUUGGGAAGUCCUGGUCUAGAUUUUUAAAGCUUUAGUUCAAUAGAAACUGCAUGUAUGGCUUGGUGCCACAGCAGUAUGUGCUAACAGGAGGUGUGAUGAAUAAAUGAACUCUAUAAUCGUAAAAUCUUCAUUUUUAUAUACUCCAUCUAACUGUUGGGCAAGGCAGUGUGUGGCCUUUUUUGUGUGUGUAACCAUGGUUUAGCUUACCUGAACAAGCCUUGGGCUCAUGUGCUUCCUCCUCUCCUCAUCUAGCACACCUGUGAGGAUGACAUUUGGUGUUUUGAUUUCUAUUUUCAGCCACAAAUUAGUAUUAUUUCUGAACUUAGACACCUGUGGUCUUAACCACAGUCUAUUGCCGUAGUGGGGAACCUGUGGUCCUGGAGAUGUUUUAGGACUCCUACUCCUAUCAGCCCUAGAUAGCAUGGUCCAUGGGCAGGGAUAAUGAGCUGUAGUCUAUCAACACUAGGAGACCUUUGUACUAAACCAUAGCUUAGCAUUACAUCUGAACAAGGAUCCAACAUGGUCCUGCAAGUUUUGGAUCAAGACAUGAAUAAAUGCACCUUUUAAUUUUAUGUUUUUUGCAAUUUUUUUGGUAUAUAACAUUUUUCUUCAAUCAUUGUUUGAAGGAAAAUCAGGUUUACUUUGCAGAUAAUUUUAUAAGCUGCUGAUAACUGUCUGUGGCUUGAUUGAUGUUGCAGUGGGCAGUGCCCAUCUUGUAAUCAGUCCUUGGAAAGUAUUAACCUGAGUCCAGAAGAAUACAGCACUCUCAAGGAAAGAAUAAUAAAGGAUGUGAUACAAGGGACUGAUACAUUUAGGAAAACAACCCCCCAGGUGAGUUGCAAGGAAACCAAUAUUUUUCUACUGAUUUGCUUAUAAGAAAUGAUGUAUUUGCCUAUAAGCCUGCUGUAAUGCUGCCACCACACUGGCAGAACAGCAUGUUUUUUAAAAGUACCGUAUUUUUUGCUCUAUUAGAUGCGCCAGACCAUAAGAUGCACCUAGUUUUUAGGGGAGGAAAACAAGAAAUAAGAAAGCAACGCAAAGCAUCCUGAGCUAAGAGGGAGUGCUCCUCCAUCUUCGCUCAGGAGGUUUUGCGGGGCUAUCCCUGAAGCCAGGAGAGCAAGCGGGAUCGGUGCGCACUGAUCCUUCUUGCCCUCCUGGCUUUCCCCCCAUCUCCCGCAAGAGCCGCACGCUCUUUAAAGGGAGCACGGCUAUCCCGGGCUUUUGCGGGAGGUGGGGGAAGGGACCGUGCACUCUGUCCCUUCCCCCACCUUCUGCAAAAGCCAGGGAUAGCCAUGUGAAGCCUCCGCAGGCCAGCAGGAUGAAGGCUCCCCGCUGCCUGCGGAGGCUUCGCGCGGCUAAGCUGCGCAGCGCUCCCUCUAGCUGUUCUAGCUUCGCCGUGCGAAGCCUCCACAGGGCAUGGGGAUGAAGGCUUCCUGUGCCCUGCAGAGGCUUCACGUGAAGCUAGAACAGCUAGAGGGCAGCCCUUCUCCCUCCUCUGGGAAAAGCUGCGAAGAGCUGCACACAUGCUCCACGCGGCUCUUUAAAGGGAACGCUGAGCAGAGCCUCCCGCCUGCAUUCGCUCCAUAAGACGCACACAUGUUUUCCCUUACUUUUUAGGAGAGGAAAAGUGCGCAUUAUAGACCAAAAAAUACAGUAUUUUGUUUAUGUAGCUCUUGAUAGGUCCCAUUCUACCUAAUUGUUGCAAUAGCAAGCCAUGGGACCAAAGCACGAAUAAUAUAAAAAUAGUCCUCAAAGGUUGUGCUUAAUUUAUGACUAAUUCAGAAUAACAGAAUAAAGAACAUUUUAUAUAUAAGCUACAUCAUUAGCAUGUGAAUCAUUGGUGGCCGCCAGAUUAGAUGUUUUUAAGCUGGCACCCACGGUACAUACAUAUUUGAGGCCCUUUCCUUUGGACUGGUAUCUACUUUUAGCAUCAUAAAUCCUUAAGCUGUAAACAAAACUAUUGAAAAAUGUAUACAUAUUGCAACACUAGAUUGAGGCAUGUUGUGUCAUUAAUCUGGACCUAUUUAUAGGUCCUCUGUGAGCAGGCAUUUCCAUCUUGCUUGUGAUGAGUCUGCUUCUGCCCAUGUAUUCGUUUGUUCCAUUUUUAAUAAAUCAUGCCACAGUUUAGAAAUUAUGCCAUGUUAAAAGCACCAUCUCUAGAAUUAAUAAUUCAAAUACUUGUAUUGUUUGCCUCCUUGGAAUGUAAACGGGCCACUGGAUGGCGCUCGUGUUACAUCUUGGAUAUGACGCUAGAGACAAAAAAUAUUAACGGAGAUCAGAGAUUGUGGAAGAUGCAUAACUUGUAUUAUUUCCCUUUCUUCUGCCCCACCCUUUAAAGUAUCAGUUACUAAUGGAUCAGGGCAUUUCUUUCAGGAUCACAUUCAUGGAGUUGUGCCGUUUACAAAUUCUUGACUCUUCUACAAAAGGAACAGCACAGUAAUGAUUUGAUUUGUAAAGUAGGAAUCCUUCUACUGUGAAAUAUGCUGUUACAGUUGUACCUCGGCUCCCGAAUGCCUUGGGAGUUCAACGUUCCGGCUCCCAAACGAUCAAAAACCGGAAAUGAGCGUUCCGGUUUUUGAAUGUUCUUUUGGAAGCUUGAAUGUCCAAUGGGGCUUCCGUGGCUUCCGAUUGGCUGCAGGAGCCGCGCUUUGGUUUCCGAAUGUUUUGGAAGUUGAAUGGACUUCCGGAACGGAUUCCGUUUGACUUCUGAGGUACGACUGUAUUUCUGAUGUAGGGAAUUUGCUGCUCUUUAAACUAGUUGUAGCAACGUAGUUCAAUGAGGCCGCUUCCUAUGUUAGUACCAACUAUGGGCUGAGCAAACUCCCAGUUCAAAUUGUGCCUCGUCCAUGAAAUAAUCUUGACAGCCUUAGGCAAAUUCUUUUUCUUUUUUACAUCUCUGUAUAAGUUCACUUUGUGCCGUGUUGGCUAAUAACAGUGGCUUCCCUAGUGGGGCUUUUAUCAGAAAUAAGGAGGAGGUGUGUUUGGGACCAGACGUGGGGAAAUCCAUGGUUGGAUUUAACUUUUGAAUUCAGCCCAGGCCUCCCGAACAUGGUUUGUUGGGGAGAAACAAACCACAAGUACUGGUUUGGCUGUAACACAGAAUUAGCCGUUUGAUUGGUUUUUCCCUGCUCCAGGAAGAGAGGAGCAAAGUGCUCAAAGUGUGUGGUCACCAUCAUGCAGGGCAUGUACAACCUAAUUUUGCUAACUGUGUUUCAUGGCCAGCAUUGUUUCCAAAUGCAGUCAUCAUUAUUUCCAUUAAUCGUGUGUUUUACUGUACAAAUGAGAGUGUAUGCAAUUGUGCAGCUCCUCUGUAUGUACCACUUAACAGUUUUUCAGCUAUCAGUCACAGAAAAACACACAUGUUUUUGUGUUAAACAUGUCUGUCUCAAAAUCCCAAGAGCCUCUUCAUUUCCUGACCUGUUCCUCACAUGUUCAGGAACAGGAAAUGAUAGGGUUUUAGGGGGUUGGAGGUGUUUGAUAAGGAAAGUUAUUUUGCUGCAGUGGCCAAGAAUAGAUUGACUAAUGUUGAUGCUGGUUACGGGGCUAUUUUUUCUGUCAGACCUUUCUGUUGAUGUUAACUCUUUAAGCCCUUAACAGUUUAACCUUGGUACAGUGGUACCUCGGGUUACAUACGCUUCAGGUUACAGAUGCUUCAGGUUACAGACUCCGCUAACCCAGAAAUAGUACCUUGGGUUAAGAACUUUGCUUCAGGAUGAGAACAGAAAUCGUGCUCCGGUGGCGCGGCGGCAGCUGGAGGCCCCAUUAGCUAAAGUGGUCUUCAGGUUAAGAACGGACCUCCAGAACGAAUUAAGUACUUAACCCGAGGGACCAUUGUACUUUAAAGUCUUCUGUAUGUUUCUCUUGAUAUGCUAUUGUCAUAAUUUGAGGGCCUACUCCAGAUCCCUUGAACUUGUUGGGCAAGGCUGGUAUUAACUAGGAUUAGGGGGGAGGUGAGCGCUGCACCCCAAAGUCGAAUUCGACUGGACUUAAUCAUCCAGGAGUCCUUUGCCUUUUUACCUUUAGCCACCCUAUGAAAAGUCUUGCCAGGCACAAUGUGUCAGGACCUAUCCUUAUAGUGCUACAAGCCAUUCCUAAAGAUGCAGCUUUUUAAAAAGGCCCUAAGCUGCACUCAUUUGUUCACUUUGUGUUUUAUUUUGACAAGAGUUUGGAAUUGUUGAAUUUGUAUUUAGUUUUAUGGUAAUACAUUGACAUUGUGAUUGAUUUUGAGUCAGGGAUUGUUUUUGCUAUUUUAAUUGUUAGCCACCUUGAGUUUCUUUGGAAAGCUAGGCAAGAUUGAAAAUUUAAAUCAAUCAAUCGAUCUGCCUGAAAGAAAGGGGGGUGUAUAUGUAUAUGUAUACGUACAGUGGUACCUCGGGUUACAUACGCUUCAGGUUACAUACGCUUCAGGUUUCAGACUCCGCUAACCCAGAAAUAGUACCUCGGGUUAAGAACUUUGCUUCAGGAUGAGAACAGAAAUCGCGUGGCGGCAGCGCAGCAGCAGCGGGAGGCCCCAUUAGCUAAAGUAGUGCUUCAGGUUAAGAACAAUUUCAGGUUAAGAACGGACCUCCGGAACAAAUUAAGUACUUAACCCGAGGUACCACUGUAUAUGUAUGGACAUGGGUGGCACUGUGGUCUAAACCACUGAGGUUUGAAUCCAUGUCAUGGGAUGAGCUCCCAUUGCUCUGCCCCGGCUUCUGCCAAUCUAGCAUUUUGAAAGCACACUAGUGCAAGUAGAUAAAUAGGAACCGCUGUGGCAGGAAGGUAAAUGGCGUUUCCGUGUGCUCUGGCACUUGUCACGGUCUUCCAUUGCACCAGAAGCAGUUUAGUCAUGUUGUCCACACGACCCAGAAAGCUGUCUGUGGACAAAUGCCAGCUCCCUUGGCCUGAAAAGCACCCCAUAAUCACCUUUGACUGGACUCAACCGUCCAUUUCCAGGAGGAUAUGACUGGCCACUGUUGGGAGUGAAAUGCUGGACUAGAUCAGCCUUUUGUCUGGGUCAGUAGGACUGUUCUUAUGCACGUUCAUCUAUAAUUAGCAGGCCACUAAAGGGAGAGAAUCUAUGGGUAUGUUAUGUUGGUGGGUUGAUCCUUGGGGUCCCUGCCAACUCUAUGAUUCUAUAAUUUGAUGAUUGCUAAAAGUGAAUCAUUAUUUUGAGUAAUUAUUUGGCUUAUGCUACAAAUUUUGGGAAUUUACCAUGGUUAGAAAUGGCCGGAGUUUUUAACACAAAGCUGGGGGUUUUCUGGAAGGGAUUUGUUGUGGGAACAGCUCUAGUCUUAGCCUUGAUAAUAGAAUGUUUGUUUUGAGGCAAGUAUUGGAUGUUUGGGGAGAUUCCAUUUCUCACUAAUAAUAGCUCUUGCAGCAGCUGCCUGAAAUCAGAUGUAGAUAGAGAAAGGCAUCUGUUCCGUUAAUGUUUUAUUAUUAUUUUAAAGACAUAUUUGCACUUAUCCUUGCCCAAAUUAUAUGUUAUGAUGUAGUGACUGAGAUGCCUGCAGUCUCAAGGGGUUGUGUCAGUGACUUUGCUCCUAAUUUUAACUUAUUUUAAUAGGAAAAGCAGUAUUUGCUACAGCACAGGGCCUUUUAACUGAAAUAACAUCCUGAUUGUAGGCUUAUUAAAAGACGUAAAGAAUGCUGGACAACAGGGGAAACUUCACUGAGCUGUUCAGGAAUUAGCAUGGUAUCCAUUUAAGACUGAAUUUUUCAGUUCCUGUGUAACAUAAUUUCUAAAUCUUCCUGCUGCUGGGAACUGAUGUGCAUGCUUACUGUAGAAAAUGAAUUAAAACCCUUGUUUCAAAGAAACAUUGAUGUAAAAAAACCCCUAGAAUACUAGCUCCCUGAAAUGCAACUUCAAUUCCCAUAUCUCAAGAAACGUAUAAAUUACUGUUUCUAUUAUGGCAGAGAAGGCUGCUGGCUCUUCCUGGGCUUGAGAGGAUAAGUAGUUUUAUGGACGCCGUUAUGGAAUGGUUGGUUACUAAUUUUUCGUACUCAGUGAGGUGAUCGCGUUUGUGAUCAGGUGGAUGUACACGAGGCCCUUUCUUAUGAAGCCACAGUGAGUCACUGAAGACACAUGGCUGGCAUUCCUCUCCUGAAUCAGUCACACAGUGAUCCAACUCAGGUAUUUUUCUUUCUGAAACCAGUUUGUGAAACCAAAUGUAAAUGAAUGGAUGAUUGUCGCCUGUGGAAUCCUUCUUUUGUGCCACCAUGUGCGUUAGAGAAGCAUCAGUAAAGACAUCAGAGAUACCACUGCUGUACGCUCUCUCGCUUCCUCUGAGCUCAACAGAAUCCGACUGAGACCAGCAGGCAGAGUUUCCAGGUAGACAGCUGGAAUCAUGGCUUAAUCACUGACCUUUCCGGAUUUUUUUUUUUUUAAUAAAAUAUUUAUUGAAAUUUUCAAAGUGUUACGAAAUAAAAUAAAAGCAGAAGAAAAUACAAAAUAAAAAUAGUUAACAAAGUAGAUAAAGAAAGAAAAACAAACCCCUACAAAUUCAAAAAUAAGAGAAAAAGACAUUAAAAAAAAAUUACACCACAAACAAUUUAAUAACAUUUAAAAACAAAUUCAUUAUUCUCGAAUCCUCAACUGUCAUUACCUUCUUUCUUUGACCUCCUCCUCCUCCCUUUCUUUGUAUCCUAGUUAUUAAUUAUCCCAGCAAAUCCUUUCCAUAUUUCAUAAUAUUCUGUCAUUACAUUACCCUAAACAGUUUUAAUCUUAUCUUUCUUUCUAUAAGAAAAUAAACCUUAAAGCUUAAAACUUAAAUCUUAUCCUUACCAACUUCUCAUAACCAUAAUAUUCUUUCAUAAUUCUUUAAACAUCUUUACUAAAGCCGAGUAAUUUCAUUCCAACAUUUUUCUAACAUUCAUCAAUUUUAUAAAACAGUUCUAAUGGUAGAAAAAAAGAAAUACAAACAGAUCCAAUCUUCAUCCAACGUCCCUUCCUCCUGGUUCCGGGUUUUGUCAGUCCUUAUUAUCCCAUCGAUCUGGCCCAUUAACCUGGCAACCUUAUAUCCGAGGCCCUCAAGUCUCUUCCAUGUCCCUUCCGCAGCUCUUCUUCAUAUUUGUAACUGUAUUUUCCCUUGUCUCCUGCUCGUGGUAACUCCAGCUUGGCAAUAUUUUUAACCCUUCUCGACAGAUCAGCCCCUUUUCCAUAUUCAGCACUGAAUUCCAUAUGGUAUUUAAAAGCAUGUUUCAAAGACCUUCCAAAAUUAAGAGCCCCCACAAUCCCAAACAUCUCACGGCCCAUUGCCAGAUUUGAAAAGUCCAAACAUCCCAGCAUGGGGGGGGUCAAUCCAGCCCCCCAUUUCCAAGCCAAACCAAACUUUUCCUUUCCAAAUCUGGCUUUUUCCAAGUUCAUUUGUCAAAUCCGAAAACUCAUAUUCCUGUUGGGCCUGUUCUGUCAGGACACACUCCUGAUUUAAUUCCUGGGUGGGCUCCACAUAUUUUCCCACUGUCUGUUCAAAAUUUCCCACUGCCUGUUCAAAAUUUCUAGUCGAAGUCGUCAUCAAAUUCACCUUCUCAUGUAACUGUUCCAGUAGGGCAUUUGUUUUGUAGAAAGCACACAACAAAGCUUCUGAAUACAUUGUCCUGCAAGGUCAAAUGCCUAUUCCCACGAUUGUAAUCUGUAAACAGCUGCCGGCUCCCUGGAGUUGGUUACAGUUUCACAGUCUCCCUCUGGGGGAAAACUUCUAUUUGAUCUUGCAACAAAGUUUCCCUUUUUGAGAUACUUUGUCAAUAUUUAUUCCUUUGAAAUGCGAAGGGAAACAGUGGAAUCACUAUGUUUCUCUUCUUUUAGCUAUCUGUCAAAAACGUUUGUCUCUGGUCAAUGAACUUCAAACGUCAGUCCUGACACCCCGCUCCAGGAUCAGGACGGAGGAAAGUUGCUUUACUUUAAACUCACUUUAAACAGUCCAAAAAAGAUCCCCCUUCUUCUCCUGCUGUCGAAGGGGGGUUCCACAAUUUUAAAUGAUGAAAUCCAAUCCUUUAAAGGCGAUUUUCUGAGCUCUAGUUUACGUUGUCUUUGCUUUAUUCUGUCUACAGAAGAACGGAAGGCUGACUUCCUGUUUAGACCUUCCCGUUCCGUACCAAAUUGAAAUAAAUUUUUAAGAUCCAAUUCCUUUCUGCUCGCAAGUCCCCAUUUAAUGUCCAGUUGUUCAAAGUCUAAGUACUCACGGGUGCUUAUUUUUGAGUCCAAAUUGUCCCAGGAAAAAGGCAGCGCUCUCCGGCAACGGCUAUGCGGCUUCGCUCCACGGAAAUAGCAGUUGACUCACAGCACCGCGCCACUUCCCCCUCUUCACUUCGGAGCCCGUUAGUGGGUUCCUUAGCGAGUUGGGGGGGGCGCUAAAGGUGCCCGCCGAGUCCCAUGGUCACAGGCUUCAUCCGCCUGUGAUUUUUAAAAGGGUCCCCGCUUCGCCGUAGCGGAGAAGACCCGUUUCCCGCGGAGCUAGUCCCUCCAGUUCAGAGGGAGUCCGCCAUUGCCGAUGGCGCCACCCCGGAAGUCCUGACCUUUCCGGAUAUUUGUUGUCUACUUGCUACUCUUAGUGGAAGGCCAUGGCACCAAUGCACACCUGUGGUCAACUGACUCUUCGAAGCGACUCAUUCAGCCCUAUUACUUAUCACAAGAAGGAAAUAACUAGAUGAAUUUGACUGUAAUGGUAGCUAAUUAUCGCCUUUCAGCCAUUUGUUAGUUAGCCAAAGAGCUGCAGUGACAGUUUAAUGAUUCAUUAACUCAAUUCUAUUUCCACCCCACCCCCCUUCUCAUCUCAUUGUUCGGCUUAAGCUCUAAUUUCAUUUCACUUAAUUAAUUUCAGUCUAAUUUGGUUGAGUGGUGUUUGGAGAGAGAAAAAGUUCACAGAAAAAUUUAAUUUCCUGCUUCUGAAGGAUGUGCCAAAAUAUUUCUACCAAGAGAUUGAGCCUGUAAAAAAAAUCAUUCUUCGAUGCUGUAUUCAUAGGGAAACUUUUAAAGGCCUAAAUCUGUUGGAUUCCACUUCACAUUGCAUCACAUCCUUAACAGCUGCUGGUCAUGAUGGCUAUAAUAUGCCACUUCCAGGAUCCAAGGCCAUAUCCUUCUGAAUGGUUGCUGGGAAGCAGCAGUGCCCUCAUGUCUUGUUGGUUCUUAAGCACUUUUAAACUAGCUUUGCAAACUGAAUGAAAAUGCUGUCCAGGUAGCUAAAGUAUCUGGGAGUCUUCCUUUCAUUUUUGGGUUGUCAUUUUGGAACAAUACAUCACUUAACCUCCUGACAGCUAUCUUUCCCCACACGGAGCUGUCACCUCACCUUGCAUACCACAAACUCCAUUUUUAGUUCAUUUUUUCUCCUCAUAGCAUACCCAGGUUCCUACCCAAUUGCCUUCUUCCUCUCACUCUCCCCUUUUGUGGUCCCCAUGUGACCUCCUCUUGGCCUUUCACGAGAGGCAGUUUAGAAAGCUGGCAAAGUAAUUAUAUUAUUGAUGCGUUCAUGUUAUAAGUUUGCAAAGGCCCUUUUACAGACGACACUCUUGCAUGUAAUAUAAUCCUGCAUAAAAACCAGCAUGGACAUGCAGCAUUUCCAACAUAACUAAAAUCAGUACUGAUUUUAAAAAAUAUGAAAGGUGCAAAGCAGAGCAUAUAAAAGCCAAUUGGCUCAUGGAAAUCCUCCGAAUUAAGCAAGCCUUAGCAGGCCAUAAUGAGGGGGCCACAACCAACCAACCAAAAGAGAAAAGGCCAGGUUCUCAUACUUGAGGUUGUAUAGUUUGAGAAACUUGGGAAUAGGCCCACUCAGAUGACCUGAGCUAGUAGCAGAGUUUAUAGGGGAAGUGGUUUUCAUAUGUCUCAGAAGUGGCACUGAUGGGGAAAAUUCUGUACAGGGUUACAGCUGGUGCAAGAGCGAGAAACUUGCAAACACUGACUGAUUAGAUAUUUUUUGGUAGAAUGGUUGGCAAUACUAUUGGGGUCAGAAUGGGAAGUGUUUAUGGUGCAUGCGCAGGGCUUGUCCCUGUUGGGAUACUGCCAGGGAGACAAAGUCCAUCAUGGUCCCAAGCCGUCUCUGGACGAUCCAUCGAUCUCCCGUAGUCACGCAGUAUCAGUAAUUAGUGACAUGAGCUCCAGAAAUAGCCCAACAUCUAGAGCCGAUGCACACUCUCUAUCAGCAGAUAAUGCACAGCCAAAGUUGCACUCAGGAGAGCAUUAUUUACAAGUUUUAUUCAGCGUUGAUCAGAACAAAGAAAACAUGACUGCCUGCAUCAGUGUCUCCAGACACAGAGAGAAACGAAAGCAACAGAAAACAUAAACAUCCUGUGAACAGGAAAUACGCAAACUCUGUGACUCUCAAAGCCUGCUCCCUUUUAAGGUGGAACGGAAAUAUCCUAACAGUCCCUAGGUGUAAACUUAUUGGUAACAAGCCGUAGCAGAUUCCCCUGAGGGAAAAAAGGAAAAAGAAAGUAUUAGCAUGUCAGUUCUGCUUUCCUUUUGUGCUGCACAAGUGUCUAGGGUAAUUAGAAGGCUUUGGUGAUAUGCGCGAGUUGACAGGGUUCAUUUCGGGAAAUGCACCUGCAAUAACCCCUGAGAGGCAGUUUGAGUAACAAAAGCAAUAGGGAGUUCCCAGAAGACUUGCUGUCAGGUAUUUUGAAAAAAAGGAAGCAAGAACAGGAUUCGAAAUGUAGGUUUUAAAAAUGUAAUGUGGAGGUAGUGACUAACGUCGGUGACUAAUGUCAAACGUUGGAACAAAGUGCACUGUCACAUGUAUUAUUGAUAAGACUGAGAGAACUGGGUUUUCUCAAGAUCUGCUAGUUGCUGUGUUGUAGGGCAAAAAUGAAAAGAAAAUCCUAGCUACCCCAAGCAGUUUGCUUUGCCAUCCUGCAAUUCUCAGUUGAUUUCAGUAGUUUUGCUUCAUCCGCAUCCUACCUGAUUGAAAGUAGAACUAUAGGCUGCAAUUUAGAUACACUUGCUUGGGAGUCAGUGCCAGUGAAUUCAUUGGGGUUUACUUCUGAGUAGACAUGUAUAGGAUUGUAUUGUUACCCCCACUCGGUCCAUUUUGUGUUCUUUGAUUCUUUGCACACUGGUGAACUUUCCCCUUCAAAAUCAUGCGUGUAAAUCAAAAUGUCCUUUUGUUUCAGGUAAUUGAAUGAGAAGCCAAAAGAGCUCGGGUUUUCUGUCCUAGGUGUGCAGCAUAGCUUGAUCAUCUUGUUAACUACAUGUUGAGCACCGUUGGUACUAUUUUGCUCACUAAAAUAAUUUAUGCACAGCAAAAGGUUUGGAUAAUUACUUCAGACUCCUCUAUGAAGUUCAGGCCUCUGACUUUACUGCUUCCCUGUCCUGCAGUACACCUAGCCCAAAACGUGGCUCCUGUAUUUCCACAGCCUCCAGACCUUCCGGCCCAUGGGCCCUGUGUGAUGUUCCUUUUUCUAUGCUUUCAUUUUGGAUGGUGCUUUCUUCUGCAGCGACUGCAAAAGAACUGGUAGAGGAAGUUGUUGUUUCUUGGUUGCCCGCUGAGAGGCAGCUGCUACUUGCUGUGAGAGAGGUUUUACUCAGAUUACCAGGAAUUGAGAAGGGUUGGGAAAACCACAGUUUCCCAGUUUCAUUUCUGCAAACUCUGGAAGUAAUGGAUUAAAACAGCACACAUGAAUAACUCAACCCAAAGUGGAUUGGUGACAUCGCUCAGAGUAGUUUUUCAGAUAUGUCUGUACCACUUCAUGGAGUUCUAAAAAUGAUUUGAUAGGCUUGGUUGGCACCUCCAUCCUAAAUAUGGCAGAAAUUAGUUCAUAAACCUUACGUUUAGGCCUAAAGAGAACAAAUAAGCUGUGUAGCUACUGCAGGUGUAAAAAAUAAAAUUUCCAGGAUAUGUUCCUAUCAACUGUUUAGAGUCGGGGCUAAUGUAUACUCAGUAAUUAAAAAAAAAAAUCAAUUCUGUGCUCGGGUAUCCUUGUAUUGUGCCAAGAAAAGUGGAUUUCUGAAACUUAUAUGCAAAUUAGCAUACAUUAAUUAUCAGUUUUUUAAUAUAGACUUAGAUAUAUAAAUUAAUAUAUAUAAAUAAAAAUAGAUAAAUAAAUAAAUAAAUAAAUAAAUAUGCAGGCUGUAGAAGUUCUCAAUUUCUGACUUCUGAAUCUUCAUAAGAUAUUGCCCAUAUUCAUUGAAGCUUAUCAUUGCAAGCAUAAGGACUAGAAACUUGCCUGCAGUAAAAAGAGCAAUUAAAGAUAGCUUGGUUGCUGAAUUCUGUGUCCAUUACCAAUUUAUUUUCUUUCAUUGAAUAUAUAAAAUCUGGUUGAAAAAAACAAAAAUAGCAGGGUAUCUAAUAAGGCAGUUAUGUUUCAUUGUUGCUUUUCUUUCAACUUCUUACCUUCUCUCUUUUCUGGUUUUUUAGGAACUUGAAGAAUUUCAGACAUUCGUGAAUCAGUGUCCCCCUUUUGAUAUUGUGAUUGAUGGUCUCAACGUUAGCAGAGUUUACAACAAAGCCACUCCAUCUCAAACUGUAAGUACCAUUCUAUCUCUUAAAUAACUGCGUGUGUGUAAUAGCUAUUUUACCGCUUCAAAUCAUGGUUUAACAUUCUGACUUUUCCUGGAGCAAGCCAUCGACCAUAGUUUCUCAUUUUGACUUAACUGAGAAACUAUAGUUAACUGAAGGUUUGUUUGUUUGUUUACUUCCUAGUGUGUAGGAAGCAGGGAAAGGGGCUGCAUUUGCUUCCAUAAGGCUCUUUCACACCCUCUUAUUAUGCUGAAAUAUGAUAACUUGGACAUGGCCAGCAUGUUAGAAUCCAUGCACAGAAUGCUUACGCCAUUCUUUAUAGAGGACCCCCAUUCUAAGUAAAAUGUUCAGGGAAAUGUUAAAUUGAUACCAGGGAUGAGGACCUGUUGGAGAAGAAUGAAUUGACUGCAGACAAGAGUGAGCGAGGUGUUUCCAGAUAGGCACAGCCCACUUGCGCACUGUGCUGAUCAUUGCCACUUCCAGCAGGUAUCCCCAUGCAUACAAUCAAAGUUUAGUGUGAAAUCUGUCAUGAGAAGCAGCCACUGGGAUGGGAGGACUUCAAGGUCUCUUCUUGACAUCAGUUUAGUUAGUGAUUGGGCGCAAAAAAAAAGAAGCACCUCAGAGGUGAGGUACCUUUUUAAAAUCAUGAGUGUUUAGAGUUCUUGUUGCCACUUUUUUUGCAUAAUGGAUGCUGUCCCUCUAGCUCCAUACAGUCUUUGGACUAAAACAUCAAUUGCCAUGGGAAUUGCUUGUUUAGCUUGUGGUUGUUUGACAGCUUUUGACAGAAAUCGUAUAGCUUUUGCAUCUGGCGGAGUAUUAACUGAGGCUGUGGUGGUGCACAAAAGCCUUAUCAGAAACAUGGUGUAAUGGCAGCCCAUGCUAAGGUCUUGCUUUUACUCUCCUUAACCCUGUAACGUAUCUUUCCUGGUUUUUUCAUAUCUGUGGCUAAGUCACUAACAUGUUAUUGGCUGGUGGAAGCAGGGAUUUACUUGUUGUCGUGUACUGGCAAGUUGAACAAGUUUUGCAGAAGGUGCAGUGAGAACUCAGUAUGGUUUCUGAUAACUGGCAGCUCAGCCCUGGUGUAAGGAGAAGAAGCUCAGAGUUGAUAUGAGGAACAGUGGUGAGGCAGUAUAGAAACAUGCAGUACAUCAAUGCAAAUCCAAGACAUGUGCCAGUUUGUGUCAUUGAUUGCAUACUCACUCGCUGGAUCAUCAUCUUGUUGUGUUGAAUGGGCUUGCAUGUUCCUGUGACCCUUGUGAGUGAAGCCGUCAAGAGACUCGUACUUCCAGCAGGGUCACCCAAGGCGGUAAGGUCAAAGGGGAGGAGCUAGACAAAGAAUGAUCCAAAAAGUCCUCAACGGCAGAACAGGCGGAAGAUAACAAGGAGUAUGUUACAACGGCUGUGAAGGCGGAUGAAGGCUGCAGCAGAUAAGAAUCUACCAGUCAUUGUGAUUACUCAUAUCAUUGGAAUAGAGCCUUACUGCGAAGACUGUGCGUUGGUCAGCGUGCACUGAUCUACACACAUAAAACAAAUCCAUGCACACGUGCCUUCCAAAAACCCAUCCCAUACCCAAACACCGUGUUUAUGGAAGACAAUUUUACUUGGCUGCGAGUGAACGCCAGAAAAGAAGAAGAUUGGUUGCAUACAUCCCCAUGUGCAAAAACACCCUACCAGGGUGUUUCCCUCACCUUUGUUUCAGUUUUGGCAGUAGGAUCAUUGGGCAUCAAGACUAGGGACGUACCUUAGGGUUGGUCAGGCUGGCGCCUGCCAAGGGCACAGACCCAGAGGUGUGUGCGAAAACCACGCCUUUUCCACUCUUUCCAAAUUGGGCAUGCGCUCCCUGGGCCACUGUUCCGCUGCUCUGGGCACCUAGGCAAGGUGUGCAGGAUCCUUUGCCAAGGGUGCAAAGGAGCCUAGAUACACCUCCAAUCAGGACUAUAUGAAUACACAAUGUAAGAACCGAAUCACAUGGCAUGUUCUACAUGCAAAGGGGCUACAUUCCGAGAUUAACUUCUGUGUGCACCCCCCCCAACACAACAUGUAGUCAACAUUUGGGGUUGAUGAUAAUCGUGGCAAAAAUGAUAAUUUUAGCAGGCGUAUGUAACUGAAGAGGAAUGCAGCCCAGUAAAAAGGAAGCUAUGUACUGUUCUGACUAGAAAAGAAAAUCCCUGGUGUCUUCUGCAGAAGCUGCAAAAUCAUUGUGGUAAUCUAACACAACAUCCUGUUAGGUCUCCAGAUAUGUGGCUUUUUAAGUUAAACGAAAGUAAUCUCUCACAGGCCUUUAAUUUCCACAUGAAAAACUCCAAUCAGAAUGAGGAUAAGGGGAAAACAUCCUUGCCCCACAUUGUACCGAUUGUUGUUGUAAAAAAUUACUUCUAAAUCUGGAAUUGUCAAGCAAACGCAUGUAGGAGUUGAGUAGAAUAAUAGGAAGGAGAUUCUAGAUGUGUUUGGAGGAACAAAAGAAACAAUCUUAUCAGACACAUCAAUGGAAUUCCCAGCUUGGAAUGGGAGCACUUUCAGCAUGUUAUGAGGUAAAACAGAAAGUGUACACACUGUUCUCUUACAUGUCCAAGCUAAAGGAAGUGUGGUGUUAUCCAGGAGUCAUCUCUGUUAAUCAGAUACUGUGUGUUUUUGUUUUGUUAAAAAAAUAAUUCUGAGAACUCUGAAAGGUCAGUGUCAAAACUUAAGCUACUCCCGCAGGGCCAGGCUGAGUUUGUGGGCAGCCAUACCUGAUUUCCACACCUGGAGGGUAUGUUCUCUAGCUUGGGGUCCCUGAGUUCAGUGGCUUGAGCUGGGCAAACUGGAAGCUGGUGGCUGAAUUGUGACAAGCGGAAGGGACUGCUCCGCCAUCCGAGCAAAGGCAGAUGGCCUGACUGAUCCCCACUUGCACCUGGUGACAACCAUGAGAUCUAACCAUGAGAUACAAGAUCCCCAGCAAAUCUCUGCCCUUGGGCUUCUGCAUUCAGGCCCCAGAGUACCCAACAAGCUAUCGCAGAGGCUGCUGUGAUGUAAAUGUGAAUCACAGAAUGAUAGACUCAUAGAAUUGGAAGGGACCCAUUGGAUCAUCUAGUCCAACCCCCCUGCAAUGCAGGAAUAUGCACCCAUGUGGGGAUCAAACCCGUGACCUUGGCAUUAUCAACACCAUGCUCUAACCAGCUGAGCUAACUGGCAUGUAAUUUGUCUUCAGUAACCAGCCGAUGAGACGCUGCCACUGGGCAAGUGAGGAAAAGAGGAACUUGCAGAUUAAGUGCCUGCAAGGCAGCAUUGGUGGGCUUCACUGUCAGCUUGACCUUUGAGUCCUUUCCUUCCCCUUGUUACUUGAAGUCACCCAAAAGCUGUACCAUUCUAGUCUCCCAGGAGGAAUGCAGGGGCUUUCCGCUCCACCCCUGCUUCUGUUGUUGCAAGGAUAUGGUAGGAAAUGCCAGGGAUCCCAUUUGUAUUUUUCCUACGUGUUAGGGAGGCUUUCUGGUGCAACACUUCCUCCUCUUCCUGUCUUCCUUGCUCUGAGUUUAGAAUUGUUCCUCUGUUGGGGGGGGGCAGGGGGCGGUGCACCCAGAAAGAGGAGAGAGAAUGAAGGACUGAUACUAUGGUGUGCAGGUAACACAACUUAAAAACACUCUUCGCUGAGAUUAAAACAGACUAAAAGACCUGGGUGGAAAUACAAAAUACACACAAGGCAAACCUGAACAAAAGGCCACCUUGAGAUGUGUAUCAGAGGCACGUGAUCCUGUAUUCUCACUUUACAUGUUUCGGAGCUGAUACUGGAGGCAUUUAAAACCAGCUCUAGAGCUGAGACAUGACUUGAUAAGCAAACAAUUCUGAAUAAUUCCCAUGGGAGUCUAACACUGAGGGAUCUGAACAAAAAUGCGGCACAGGAAAAUAGCGUGUGGAUGUGUGUUUGGCAAUUUCAAGACAUCAGGCAAUUUUAGGCCUUGUAUUGUAACACAGAGAGCUUGCCUUUAUUUAAUAAGUGGCACACAACUGUAGCAGAAGGGAAUACAGUGGUACCUCGGGUUAAGAACUUAAUUCGUUCCGCAGGUCUGCUCUUAACCUGAAACUGUUCUUAACCUGAAGCACCACUUUAGCUAAUGGGGCCAUCUGUUGCUGCCGCGCUGCCGGAGCACAAUUUCUGUUCUCAUCCUGAAGCAAAGUUCUUAACCCGAAGUAAUAUUUCUGGGUUAGCGGAGUCUGUAACCUGAAGCGUAUGUAUUCUGAAGCGUAUGUAACCCGAGGUACCACUGUAUUGUGAAGUGAUGCUGAGAAGGAAGAAAACUGAUAGGUGGGAACUGUGUGUAUGCGGAACCAAAAUGUGCUACCUGAGGGGGGAGGGGGGAGACCUCAAACCUGGUGAGCAAAUGCAAUCUUCCAGGUCUCUCUGUCUGGCCUUUCCUCAGGCCACCCCCCCUUCCAUGCCACGCUCUUCACUGAUUCUGCUCUACCCAUUCUUUGAGCGCUGUUUGCCUGGCUGGAAUGUGUCCUUCAACCAUGCUGAUAGCUCUUGCUUGCUUGUACAGAGAGUGUAGAAAAGUCUGAAUUGUGCGUGACUUGAAUGUAGGAUAUUGCACAAAGCCUCCACACACUUUUUCUUCUGGCCCUGCCCAUCGCUGCUAUGUGGCCCCCAGAAGCUUGGUUGUGAGGAAAUCUGGCCCUUGGGCUGAAAAAGAUUCCCCAACCCUUCCUCAGCACCAAGUCUAGGGCUGGUGUAAAGUAGCACCACUGAGGUACAGGAAAGAGCGUUAGGAUGAGCCCCACCUCUGGGUCGCGCAUGUCCCUGCUACAACCUUUUUCAGCCAUUCAGGCUGAAACUUUGCUGACAAAGUAUAUUGGGGGAGUUCCACCGGGGCUAUCUGUUGUGGGAGUUGCAAUUCUGCUGUGGUUUCCACCCAAACCUAAUCUUCCAUUUAGGGUUGUCUCACAUCAGCAAUUGCCAUGUUGCAUUAGAGGUUUCAAUAAUUUUCCCUUGCAAUGCAAAAGUGGGCAGGGAAAAAAACCUCCCAGAAGUAAAGGGUAAAUGAGGGAUGGGAGGCGUGGAUCAAGGAAAUGUUCAGAUUGAUUGCACACUCAUCCCUAUUGUAUUUUGAAAUUUAGGAAAAUUAGACGCGUAAUGUAAAGGUGUCCUGCGGCAACUCAAAUAUUUCUGUAAUGCGUAUGUAGGUGGUAGGCAAUUGUAGGUCAUAAAGCACAUUUUGAGUCAUGUUUUUUGAACAGCUUUUCUUUUGUGAAGCGUUUGCACUAUUUGUAGAUGCAGGCUGAAGGCUGAAGAAAUGAAUGCUUCCCCACACAAGCCAAUUUUCUGCUUACAGGGAAAAUUCAUCAGGGGAGGGUUUCUUCUGACUGUGCUACUUUUCAGCUUGCUAGGAGGGUUUUUGCUUUAGGCAGGGGAGCAUUCAGAAUGUGUGAAGUGGAACAGUUCACUCUGCAGUGCCCGCCCACUCCCAAUUCUGCUGCUUGGCCUACACUCAGGAGAAAGUGGGUGAAACGCAUAAUCUGCUUAUGUCAAGCUUAUUUUCUAGGUCACAUGAGGCUCAAACUAGACAUAAUAGUGGCUGAUGCAGGUCUACUGAAAUCAAGUAUAAGGCAAGCAGGGGGAAUCCAGGGACUCAUUCUUAGAUGGUGAUAGGCAAGUGAGUGAGAGGGUUCCCAUAGUCUGUUGCCCAAACUCAUUUCCCCCCUACACUUAGGCUCUAAUACCAGAACUGUGCCCAGUUGGGGGGGAAAUUCAUUUGGAGGGGGAUGGCUGGGGAGAAAGCUGCAGACCUUUGCUUGUGUUUCUAACAGGGCAAGGUAGAAAUGGGUUGGAUGUCUUUGCAGUAGGAGGGUAGUUUUGGAGGCCUUGUUGGAAGCUCCUAGGUUGAGCCACAGCACGAUCAUGUCCUGUUCCUAAUGUAUGUUCCCAUUUGAAGCAGUGUUCCAAAUUAGCCAGGCGUGUUUUGCAACUGGCAUGUUUCCAAUUGCGACUACAGUGGUACCUCAGGAUAAGUACUUAAUUUGUUCCAGAGGUCCGUUCUUAACCUGAAACUGUUCUUAACCUGAAGCACCACUUUAGCUAAUGGGGCCUCCUGCUGCCACUGCGCUGCCGGAGCCCAAUUUGUGUUCUUAUCCUGAAGCUAAGUUCUUAACCUGAAGCACUAUUUCUGGAUUAGCGGAGUGUGUAACCUGAAGCGUAUGUAACCUGAAGCGUAUGUAACCCGAGGUACCACUGUAUAUGGAGAUCUCUGGAUGUCAGGUUUGCGACUUGACAUCUCCAUCUGGCUGGCCUCGCCAGCUUUCUUAUGCCGGUAAGCAGAAGAGCUUAUUUAUUGCAUUUAUAUCCCACAUUUUUCUUCAUGGAGCACAUGGUUCACUUCCCCUCCUUCGUUAAUUCCUACAACGACCCUGUGAGGUAGGUUAAGAGGCUGUGACUGGCCCAUGGUCACCCAGUGAGCUUCAUGACUGAGUAGGGAUUUCAACCCUGAUCUUUCAGGUCCUAGUCCGGCACUCUAACCACUACACCACACUGGCUAGAGUACCUCUGCUAUGGGGCAGUUAUAUGAAUUAAGUAGGGAAAUAAAUAUGGGGAAAGCAAAAUGUCACUUAGAGAAGUAUUCCCCUUGAAGCUUGAAUUUGUUUUAUUCUAGAUUUUUUUUUGAUGUUUUAAUGAGUUGUAAACCACUUUGAGAUGUUUUCUUUAAAAUAUAAACUGGUAUAGAAAUGAAGUGAAUAAGACUAAGAAUAAACUCCACUGGGGCAGGGAGGGGGGAAUAGUGUCUAGACAUACUUUAACCCAGGUUUAAGAUGCCAUUUAGCAGUUAACUUAUGUAUCUGAGUUUCUAAUACCGAUUUGGAGAGGAGACUGAAGACAUUGUUUAGGGCAAUGUAGUUCAGUAACAGAACACCUGCUUUGCAUGCAGAAGGCCCCAAGUUCAAUCCUUUGCAUAUCCUGGUAAGGCUGGGAGGGAAACCCCAUCUGACAUUCUGCAGAACUGCUGCCAGUUACUGUAGAAAUAACGGAUGGACCAAUGGUUUGACAUGGUAUCAGGCAGCUUCUUAUGUUUUGUAACGUUUGGCCGUGCUGUAGAGAGUAUUUAAUGCUUGCCAUAGAACAGACUUGCCUCAGUUGCUCAAUAUGUAUUGGUGGUUGCUACAGCAACCGAAAUGUGUUCCCACUUGUACUGUACACAGCGAGUUUCUUCCUGGUUUGCUCAGGGAAUCUUUCUAAAACAUGACGCACACUGCAGCAGGUUGUCUUACCUUCUUCUCUUUCUCCUCAGAUGAGAAGUUCAUUUUUUCUAAAUCUCUCAACUUUAAUCCUUUAUGCAAUCUCCCAUUCUGUGUCAACUCUUCCUAGUGCAGCCUUUUUUGCCUUCUAACAAUCAACCUGUCAUGAAAUUAUCACCUAAGACAGAAACUAGUUACAUAAGUCCAGAUCUGAUGUGUUCUUGAUAAUACUGAGAAGCAGGAGGGGUCAUGGAAAGAGCCAGGUAAGUGUAGUGGUUGAAGUAUUGGGCUAGAACUUGGAAGACCAGAGAUCAAAUUGCCACUCAGCCACGAAGCUCAUUGGAUGACCUUCGGCUGGUUAUUUACUUUCAACCUAGCCUACCUCAUAGGGUUGUUGUGAGGAUAAAAUGGGAAGGAGGAAAACUAUGCAUGCCACCUUGAGCUCCUUGGAGGAAAGGUGAUAUAAAUCAUAAAACUGGAAGGGACCCCAAGUUUCAUGUAAUCCAACCCCCUGCAAUACAGGAAUCUCAGCUAAAGCAUCCAUGACAGAUGGCCACCCAACCUCUGCUUAAAAACCUCCAAGGAAGGAGAGUCCACCACCUCCCGAGGAAGACUGUUCUACAUAAAAAUAUAAAUAUAAAUAUAGUGAAGGGUGGGAAAAUAAUAAAAUCCAAUAGGAAAUUCCCUUUGGUUUUGUUUGUUUAUCUAACAGGUUUCACUUCUCCUUCCUACUUCCUAUGGAGGAAAUAGUUACGUUCAAGUGUGAAACUUAAUGCUGUUGAUUUGUGUAGCCCUUAACUUCCUCUGAAGACUAUAGAGCAACCUUCACCUAUCUGGUGCUCUCCAGAUGUUUUGGACUACAACUCCAUCAGCUGCUGGCUGGGACUGAUGGUAAACCAUCUGGCUGGCAAAGCUCAGAGGCAUUACACAGAAAAUCCACAGUUCUUUAGGUCUACAAACAGAGGUAGGCAACCUAAGGCCCGUGGGCCGGAUGUGGCCCAAUUGCCUUCUCAAUCCGGCCCACGGAUGGUCCGGGAAUCAGCACAUUUUUACAUGAAUAGAAUGUGUCCUUUUAUUUAAAAUGCAUCCCUGGGGCUUGUGGGGCUUGCCUGGUGUCAAAUACCUUGACAGGAUCUUUGCUAUGAGGCUUCCAUCCUUUGAAGACUGUGUACCCUGUGGCUUUUCCUGAAAAAAUACUAGCUUAAGUGUCCAGCUUGCUACAUAGCUGCCUGCAGUGAGUGUAAUGAUUUCAGUGGAAUGAACAUGUUGGCACAAAAGCAAGUAUUUAGAAUAGGAAAUCCCUUUUUAGUGGGAAAGUUGUAUUUACAUAUCUCUUUUGCAUCAGUAGUUCUUCUGUGUCACCGAAAACGUCACUCUAGUAUCUCUGAAUUGUGUAAAUGCUCAGGGAAUUGUCGUGGUGAGUCACUGUUGAAUAAGUGAUUCCUAUAGCAACCUAUUUUAUGUUGGGUGUGUGUAUUUAAGCUGAGAGUUCAAGGAACAAAACUAAGUAUCACCUUGAGAAAUAUUUGGAAUUUGAAGGAUUCACAUGUUUUUUUAGGUGAUGAUGAUUUUUAGGUGUGUUAAAUUCUUCCUUUGGUAUUUUUAUGUUUUAUCUAGGUCACUACUCACAUACUGGGCAUAUUGAAUUCAUACGUAGAAAUGCCUUUAAAUUUUGCCCGUUCAUGUUUAAACAGAGAAUCUCUUUUUAAAUGUCUUCGUACAAAGCUGUUUGAUCUCAGAUUAAUUUGUUUUAUUGCCAUCCAUGUACAUUGAGACAGGAAACUUUUUCAGCCUGAGGGUCAUAAUUCUUCAUGGGGCUGGGCAGCAGCCUUCUGGGUAGUCUGGGUGGGGCGAAGCCAGAAGCAAAACUGGGCAGAGCAAUGGAUGCAAUUUUUAUUUUUUUGUAUAGUAGCAACACAAGUCUGAGGUUUUUGCACCUACUCACUGCCCUCCCUCCCCCACUCCCGCCUGCCUUAUUUCCGUUUUCCAUCCAUGCAAGAACUAUGCAUUAUCACACGUCAAAUACCCACUUCAGCCAGAUAAAAGCAGAGAUUGUGGCACUGGACUGGUGAGGGACCUAGGAAGCGUUCCAAGGCUAGAUAGAAAAGCCUGGAAGACCGCAUUUGGCCUCCAGGCCGCAUCUGGCCCCCAUUUCCCUUGUUUUGCAAAUAAUGAGAGGACUGAUCCCUGCCCCAAGUGGUUUACAGUGUAGAAUUUAACACAGAGCUGGGAGGGGCAGGGACAAAAAGAGAAGAAGCUGCAAUAAUUGCAUACUCUUAUUAGCUUAACCUAAGAAUGUGCAGGGACGCGGGUGGCGCUGUGGGUAAAACCUCAGUGCCUAGGACUUGCUGAACGUAAGGUCGGCGGUUCGAAUCCCUGCGGCGGGGUGAGCUCCUGUCGUUCGGUCCCAGCUCCUGCCCACCUAGCAGUUCGAAAGCACCCCUAAGUGCAAGUAGAUAAAUAGGUACCACUUUAUAGCGGGAAGGUAAACGGCGUUUCCGUGUGCGGCACUGGUGCUGGCUCGCCAGUUGCAGCUUCGUCACGCUGGCCACGUGACCCGGAAGUGUCUUCGGACGGUGCCAGCUCCCGGCCUCUUGAGCAAGAUGAGCGCACAACCCUAGAGUCGGUCACGACUGGCCUGUACGGGCAGGGGUACCUUUACCUUUACCUUUACAAGAAUGUGCAUGUUCUCAGAAUUUUAAGGGUGGAUUUGAAAGAAGUUAGAGGCACCGUGGAGACACUCUUGCAGGCAGUUUCAUCUAUAAAGGAACAAGAUUGGUUGGAGGAAUAAAAUUUUGGGGUAGAGAGGCAGAGCUGGAUUUCAUCAACAUACAAGAGUUACUCAAAGCCAUGAGGUCAUCUAGCUGUCCUUUGGGAGCACUUAAAAUUGGGUAACUACAGGUGAGCAUCCAUGCCUCUUAGCUGGUUGCUCAAAGUACACCUGCAUCCGCGAAGGAACUCUGUGGGGUUUGCAUAUCUUUCUUCUUCUUUGGUGUUUGCAUUUACAACAGCUGGUUACAUAAGAGCCUGGGUGUGGUGUUUGCACUUUCACUGAUAACAACAGUGCAUGUUGGGAAGGUUGUUCUGUAGAUUAAUAUCCCUCUUUAAAACACACUGUACUUGCAAGUAAGCUCUAUUGAUAAAGAAUAGGGGUGGCUAAACAUUUCUGACCCGAGGGCCUCAUUUGCCCUUGGCCAGCCCUUCAGAGGCCACUUGCCAGCAGUUAGUGCAGUUUGGGCAUGCACACUCUAGCAUGCAAACACGUAGGCAGGCACAGAUACGGGCGGAUAGCCACCUCCUCAGUUGUUCUGUGCAGAUCGACAGAGGAGUGGCUUAUCUCCCCCGCUCUGUUCAUCAAAUGAUUGAUCUGAUGACCAGGGGUGGGGCAAUUUGCACCUCUAGCAAGGCACUGAGAUCCACCUACUUCCAUUUUUCUUUUUUUCACUGCUACCAAAAUCAUUGGCAACUCAGGGGGGCAGAUUGCAGGGUGUGUGUUAGUGGUGGUAGGCCCUGCUGGCCUAAGAUACCAAAUGCAUUAAAAUUGACACGGAGUUGUCUUGACAGGUAUCCUCAUGAUGUGGUUUGUUACUCUAGAGAUUAUAGGGGGGGUUAUCAAUUUGGGGAAGCAUUUUUCUGUGUUAGUUUGCCUGCAGAGGCCCAGCAGGCAGGCAGGCAGGCAGACACUCUGUUUGCUGCAGAGGAUCCUGGUGCAUUAACCAUGCCCAUUGAGCUUCACUAUCAGCACAUGUAUACAGGCAAUUCCUCAUGGGCGCGCGAUUGGCGCUGACGCAUGGACCAUUUUUGGCACCAUAAGCGGGGCAGAACAAACAUGGCCUUCAGCACACCACAUGCUCCACUGUAGCUGCAGAAGGAGGUUGGUAUUGGUUGGCAAAGUAGGUGGUUUCUUAAGAACCCUCUAGAAGGCACAUUUUCCUUCCAGUUGUGCCAGUGGCAGUACAGUGGUCCCUGGAUCAUAACAGCUGCCAGUAACAACAUGCAAAGGCUGAAAUUUUUGUUCUUGGCAACCCUUCUCAUGAACAUAUAGUGCGUUUCAAGUCUUUCUGCCUCAUUGUGGGGAAGGCAUGGCUACUGACGAAACUCAAGUUGAAGAAACAUAUUUUGACUUUUUAAAAUACAGUGGCGCUCAGGUUGCAAAUGUGAUCCGUGCAGGAGGCACAUUCGCAACCCGCAGCACCGCGUCUGCGCAUGCGCGGGUUGCAAUUUAGCUCUUCUGCGCAUGCGCGACCGCUGAAACCCGGAAGUAACCCGUUCUGGUACUUCCGGGUUUCGGCACAUCUGUAACCUGAAAAACGCAUCCUGAAGCGUCUGUAACCUGAGGUAUGACUGUAGCUGACUCAGGUCAUGGAUUUCAGCUUUUCUGAUCAACAUAGCUUGUUUGAUGUCUUCUUUCUAGCUGCUUAGUUCCUGCUUGAUAACAUUUUUUUUGGUAAUUGGUCCCUAGAUAGAUAUUGGGUGACAUCCUAUUUAGCGCAGACUGCCUCUCAUAUAAUGUAUAUACGCCUGCUUUUCUGCCCUCUGUCCCCUCAACCAAUCCAGUGCCACUUCUGUGUGUGUGUGUGUGUGUUGGGGGACCAGAGUGAGGAGAAGCAGGAAAGCACAAUUCCUUUCCAUCAGCAAAUGCUCACUGUGCUGAUGGAUAGCUGCCAUUGGAUGUCACCCUAUAUAAGGGAUUUUUGAACUGAAUUCCCUUUUGCUGUUCCACUUCAUGAGGUUAUCACGUUCAUCUUGCAUAACUUCUGCAUUCUUUUCUGCACGUUUCGCCAGCACGCUCCUACUUCCUUCCCCAGGAUCGCCAGUAAAAAGAAUGAAUAAAACAUAUUUCCUGGUUGAAGGCAGAGAGACUUUACCAAUUGCAUCUCUUGCAGCUGGAUUGUUUUAGGUUAAUUUUCAUCUUUGCCACUUUGUGCAGUAACUCCCACUGUAUCAUAUGAUGUACGAAAAUUUGAAUGAACUGCAUUUCUUGUGGCUAGAAAAUCAAAUUGGAGCUUUGUGCUCGAAAACUGCUCUGCUCAUUAAGUGGGAGAACACCCUUUAAAACAAAAACAAAAAACCAACCCAUUUUCUGUAUCACCUUGUACUUCCCAAGCCCCAGGAAUAGCUUUCCACAGUCCCUGUGGAACAAUUCAGGAUAUGGUGCAGAGGGCUGCAGUAAAUGGGAGGGAGGUCAAUGUAAACUGGGUGCCUUGCUUUAGGAAAGCAGAUGUACUUUCUUGGAUCACUCUCUUGUAGGCACAGAGCCACCACUGAAUACAACCCACUAUUCAAUUUUUUAAGGCUUUUAGAUUACUUUUCAUAUGCAAAAGGAAUCAACACGUUCUUAAUCUUCCUGUAUAAACAGAACCGUGUAAGAACCUAACUUCAGAGAAACACAAAAUGAAAUAUAUUUGAAUUUCUGGUGUGACAUUAUGUUAAAGGUCAGUGUGCUUACUGUAAAUCAGGGGUGGACAGAAGAUGUAUCACGUUCUACUGUAGCAUCUGUGGGUGAUUUGCAGUAGAUAAGCAAGGGGUCGUGACUCCAAUUAUUUAACGGUAGCAACAGCAAGAUGACUUUUUCCAUCUCUAUAAGGCUGCUGAAAAUAAAAAAAUAAAUAAAAAAGUGGAGUCUUAUGCAAAAACUAUGGGCUCAGUUCAUUUCUGGUAUUGAAAGCAUAUUCCUUGGCUCAGAAUAUGGUCAGAGGCACUGCGUUCUUCAGUUUCAACUGUAUGCUUUUCGUACCCAGCUCUGGGUAAUAGGUCUUGGGCUUCUAAUAAACCAAAAACCAAAAUGAAGAUUCUCCAAGCCUGGAGUUUGCUGACUCCUGAGGCAUGAAACCAUAUAGGAGUGGUCUUCACCGUUUAGUCUUCUGUUAAAAUAAUACUGAAGGGCCAAUAUCUCCUAAGUAUUCAUCGCUGUGACAACGUAACAGUAGCAAGGUUAGGUAGCUGGAUAUGCAGGAUUCCAUAACCUCUUCACUUUAGCUAGCAUCUGACGCCUAAUGAUCUUUUAAUGAAACCCCUAAAUUUUUUAAAAAUGUGGUGAAGGAGGAUUUAUCUUUGGUCUAUCAAACCUCUUAUCGUAGGAAAAAGGUGUGAAAUAGCCCUGGUGGGAUGGUAGGGAGCGUUUUAUAUUUUUAUCCCCUUUUGAGUUUGAUUCUGAUCCCCAAAGCUGUAGAAAGGCAAAACAGAGGAAGCUUUUUUCUUGGAUUGUUUACCUUGUGGCAGAAGCCUGUGCAUGCCUACUAAGGAAUAAGUUCCAUUGAGUUCAAUGGGACUUAUGCCCAGAUGAGAGUGUAUGCAAUUGCAGCCCUAGUAAGCAACUAAAAGGAAUGUUUAGAAACAUCAAUACCUCAGUUUGGCCACAAGAAGGAACCAUUGUUUAUGAGAUAUGCCCAAAGAAAGAUUCUAGCACCGCUCAUAGGGUGGUUUUUUAAAUUACUUUUUAUAAUUUCAGGCUCUGAAGUAAACAUUUUAAAGACUGUGCCACCCCUUUCCCCCUGCCUGACCCCUCCUCCAUCUAAUUGUAAAAACUUAAAAAGACGCAAAACUUGUAUUCAAUGGAGUGAAGAUUUUUAGAUGUAUAUAAAACUGUUCAUAGUUUGGAAAAAGCAAAUGGGGAACCUUCGUCAGGAGGCAACUAACACCCAAACUUUGUUUCUUAAAAAGGUGGCUUGGCAGCUAUUGAUUGUUCAGCUUUUUCUGCUAUUAGCUGAGAUGUAGCUCUGUCCUGGGGUAGCAUUGAUGUGCUGGGAUGCCGGACCAGAUCCUGGGGAGGGGACACACUUUGCCCUAAAAACAGCUCAAGGGUUCAUGUAUGGCAGUGGCUGCCAACCAUUUUGGAUUCAUGGGAAGAUUUGGAAAUUGAAGAAGCUGUCAUUGACACAGACCACCCCCAGUACAACCACACACACACGCCCUGCAAGCAGUUAGGCUUGAAAAAAGUGUGUUAGCUUUUUCAAAUCUAAUUUGGGGUGCGGGGUUGAUCUUCCUGGAGAGUUUCCCAUCUGCUAUCCAAAAACCUUCUCUUAAAAGCCAACAGAGGGGUUGAUGUGUUAAUCAGUAGCAACAAAAACCAACAGAGGAUUUGGUGGUACAGCACAGUACUUUAAAAAUGAACAGAUUUGUUGUGAUAAAAUCUUCUGUCACAGAAGAGCCUGUUUCAUUAGAUACAUGCAGUGAUAUCUUGAGAGAGCAGAGGGGUAUCUAUUUAAUUAAUUGGCUUUGUUUUUUCCAGGGUGGUUCAUAAAAAAAGAGAAUGAAAUAAUAAAAUUGGGAAAAAUGCACAAUAAACAACAACUGCAGUAAGUUCAUCAGUAUAUUGGUAAAAAUACCACUCCCAAAAUGCAAAAUAGUAUCAGGGGAGUGUAGGUGACCACCGUGCUCUUUGUCUUAUCACAUCCAACAGAAAAGGAGUGUCUGAAUAGGUCCCUCCUUAUCAGAGGGAAUGUCUCCUGCUGCCUUAGCAGGUGAAAAUAAGACAGUGCCUUCAGAAACCCUUUUUGGGCAGGGUGCUUGAACCACUCCAAUCACUCUUAAAUGAAACUAGCGGCAAUGAUCUAUUUCCAUUUAGUUUCAGGCAUGGAAAAUGCUCUGGCCACCCAUGAGAAUGAUCUCUGCAGGAGGGGAGCAAGUGGAACGUGACACUGCUCAGUCUCCUGAACAUCUCAGUGGAGGCUGUUUGUGUUGACUUUUAGGUGCCUAGGCUUCCAGUGGGGAAUGUGAGCUGGCUGAAAGAAUGCACCAGCAUAGAAAAAUAGCAUUGUUCGGCUUUGUGUCUACUUAAUUGGUUUUAUAUUUGUGUUUUUAUUAGUUAUGCACCCUCCUCUGUACUAUCCUGAGCAGUGAAAAGUACCGGGGGUAGUGGUGAAGCAUUCAUAAUGCUAUUUUGCUGUGUGCUGCCCUGAUGGUGAAAAUCCCUUGCUGAGCCCAGCCUAAAUAUCAUUUGAAGAAACAGAAGUAUUUGUAAUUGAGAGAGAAGAUACAAGUACCUGACAACACCAAGAUUAAGAAAAUACUCUUUAAUUACAUGUUUCAGCUUCUGCCUUCAUCAUGAACCUGAGGUACAGAUAAUUUUAAUAUCUCAGGGACAAUUUCUAUAUGUGUUCUCUUAAUCCUUAUGGGAUCCCUGAAGGAGCAGGAGAUGCACUAAAUAAGAGUUCCCAUAUCUCUUUAGUCCUGUCAGUAAUUUAGAUUUCCCUGUUUUGUAAUGAGUUGACUUCUGGUGCACCUUUACAAUGGGAUAACUAGGAUGGCAUGCGUCAUUCAAGGUGUGCAUACACAAAUAGCUGUAAUUUCCCUUUAGUGUCACUGAUGAAUUGGAUCCUUUUCUCUACAGCAUGGGAUAAUGCCACCUGUCAAACUCCUUCUCAGGAGGAUGUGAGGAUUUAAUCUGGUAUAUUGUUUACCAGAAGCUCUGAAGGUGAAAAGUGCUCUUUAAGCGUUCCUAAUUAAUCUAAUAGCUAGUUGUACCUGGUAAGGAUUUCGCCUUGUGAUUUCAUUGCAGCCGUAACAUGUGCAUCCUUGGGUGUGGCUGUUAGAGGUCACGUUUUCUGUUCCUCCAGUUCCAAUAAUAGCUUUGUUUAUCCUACUUGUGUUUGGCGUCUUUGCUUUAAAAAGAACAGGCAUAAGCUGGACCUGCCUUGAGGUUUAUCAAAAUAAAUAAGGCAGAAUGCUGCAAAGUAUGUGAUAAAAUUAAAAGUGCAGGACUCCCCUUUUUCUUUCAUAGCUUGAUUUCACUUUGAAAGGAAUAUUCCAUCAUGUUAUUAGAAACAUUUAUACCAUAUGCUCAAAUAUUGAAGAGGACAAUGUUUAGUUGGAAAAGGUGAACCUCUGGCCUUCAGUGACUAUCAGGAGUAUAUCUUGUCCCAGGAAACCUGCCCCUAAUCAUUAAAUUUAGGUAUCGUGCUGCUCUGCCUUCACAUACUUUGUCCUUGGUCAAGAAAACCCAGGGUGAGGUGGGGAAUAAUCUUAUGGGAUUAAUACCUGCAAGCAAUGUCUUAUCAUUUCCCAUUUCAUAAAGACUUGGUUCUGUCUCCUCCUUCUCUCUUUGUGGUUUAGCGCUGAAUAGUCAGCCACAUGAAGAAAGAUCAAGAGUUGUAAAUUCUCCAUUUGGAGCAGAGAUCCAAAUUAAGCAUUAGCUAAGUUUAUUGAGUUAUUGGACACAGCAGGGAAAGGGGGCUUAAGACAGACACGAUAAAAGAAACCAAACUGGUCUGUCCAAUCUUGGAGUAAUUUGAUAAACUGCCAAGCAAAAAGAAUCUGCGUCGGAUUUAGGGUGGUACGGGUAGCUGAAGAGGUGCAAAAUGGAGAAGGUCCAUAAUUGAGAAGAUCCAUUUGGGAGUGCCCAAUUUUGGCCUUACUCUCCUCUGAAAGAAGUAGACACUUGUAUGAGGGAAAGCUAUCAUGAAUUUGAAAGAACUGACAGUCUCCCCAGGAAAAAGUGUGACGUUAACCAGUGGGGUGGUAUUGGCAAACCAGUCAGUUUUUUGGAGGUGGAGGUAGGAUACUCUGCAUGGAAGCAUAGCAAACCAUGAAGCACUCCUGACACCUUGACAGGUACAAUACACAGAUGGAAAGAUCAAAAGGAGUGAAGACAGGGUGAGUUCUUGUGUUAGGCAGGAUGGUUUCUCUAGGACUACAUUGGCUUGUAUAUCUCUCACACCUUCUGUCUUGGUAGGAGCAAAUCAAGGGUUGUCGUCCAUGACAUCUUACUUAAAGUAGACCUAUGGAAAUAAAUGAACCUAAGCUAGUCAUGUCCAUUCAUUUCGAUGAAUCUGCUCUCAGUAUGACUAACAUUGUAUACAACCCUGAGUGCUUAUGAGGUCUGAAAAACAACUUAAUCUUGAAAUCACUAAGUCUUGCUCUCCUUUGGGAGGAAAAAUGAGAAAUACAUUUAAGAGACAAAAAAUAAGUCAAAAUUGAUUAAGAAAAUGUCUCUAAGGAAACUGAGCUUUUCUUCACAACUUCAUGAACAGGUGUUGGUUGAAGGACAGGUCCAAAGCACCUACCAAAUUUGAGGGGCUGCUUUGUUCUAUUGUUUUGUAGAUUGCAUCAUUUCCAUAAUUAACUAGGGAUAAGCUUUACACAUAUCCCCAAAAUGAAUGUGCAUACAUAUUUUUUUACAUGUAUCACAAGCGAUGCUGUAUUCAAGGAAAUUUUUAUCACUAACCAUCCUGAACCCUGUUUUGCACUACUUUGGUUUGCUAAGUGUCUGGUGGUCUUUUAUCUCAAAACAGCACCAUUCAAAUACAAUAUAAAAAAAUCCCUCUGUAUCUUCUAAAUUUGGUUUGAUUGGGUUAAUUUCUUUCUUGGACAAGAGACUACAGUGGUACCUCGGGUUACAUACGCUUCAGGUUACAGACUCCGCUAACCCAGAAAUAGUACCUCGGGUUAAGAACUUUGCUUCAGGAUGAGAACAGAAAUCGUGCUCCGGCGGCACAGUGGCAGCAGGAGGCCCCAUUAGCUAAAGUGUUGCUUCAGGUUAAGAACAGACCUGCGGAACGAAUUAAGUACUUAACCUGAGGUACCACUGUAUUAUUUCAUGCAGGAUAAAAUACUUCUCAUGUUCAGAUCAGAAUCAUUUUACAAAUAAUCACAUUUAAAUACAAGUUACUGUAUAAUUUGUGUAUUUGGAUUAAGGAAAUUUUCUUAUAGGCCAGGACUUAAUAUCAGAAAAUCCCAGGUCAAGAACAUUUGAAUGGUGAUUCCCCUAAUUUCAUGUGUACCAACCCGUAAAAAGCUGUUGAGUAUUUUUGGAACACUUUUUAAACCACACAAUGGAAAGCAAAUAUGCUAAUGUCAGACACAGCGUUUUAAUCUAUAAUUGAUCUCCUGAGUUUCAAUUUUAUACAGUUUAACCGAACCUAAGUUGUUGGUUUUUUUUUAAAAAAAAACCCACAUCAAAUAUUUUCUUUCCCCACCCCUGAACUAGAAUGAAACCUGAAAUGUUGGUUGAAAAUCUCUGUUGGACCAAAAUGAAUCUUAAACAAACUCUUUUUUGUUCUCUUUUAUUAACAAAAACCAAACCAAAACUAUUAUGAGCAUUGUUUCCAAACUCAAAGAGUAAUCCCUUUCGAUAUUUGCAUGUAGGGUUACAAUGCGCAGAUAUUAUUGAGGUGGAGGAAGGACAUGGCACACCCUCUGUUUGCCCUUGCAGAGAAACAGGAGUCAGAAUAAUAUCUACUCCACCUCCAACCCUGGAAUGGACCCUGCCUGGGAAUUGGCACACAAGCACUUCCAUUGUAUCCCCCGCAGUGAGCAGGCACUAGCCCUCACAAAAGUGGGGCAGCAAUUUUAUUUGGGUUUAUUUAUUUAACAAAAAUUAUGUACUGUUUGACUGUAAGAGAACCUUUUAAGUGGUUUACACAAAUAUAAAAUAAAGCAUGAAAGUUAUCAGUUAGCAGGAAUUUGAAAACAUUCAAAAGACGAUUUAAAUCAACAGUAGGAUAGGCUUACCUAAACAGAAAUGUUUUAAGCCAGCACUGAACAGAGAACAGUGCAGUGAAGGCGCCUGCCUGCCUUAUGUUAGUUAAUAGGCAGGUAGUUCCCAUAGGUGUAGGUGUUGCCAUAUUAAAAGAUUAAUUUAUUACAAGCACUGAAUGAAUAUUAUGUGGCACCCAUAACACAGCCAAUUCUACAGCUUGAAGCAGGUGGGUGGGCAUAUAUUGGAUCACGUCCUAAGAGGUUAAGGGCUUUAUAAUGAAGUGUAACACCCUGAACUUUGCCUGGUAGCAAAUGGGCAUCCUGUGCAGAUCUCAGAGCAGAGGUGUUAUGUUCUGCAAGAUUGUAAAGCCGCUUGGACAGAAAAGAAAGAAUAAUCGUCCUCAAUUGUCAGGCCAGCAGGCUUGUGCUAAAUUGCAGCCUGGAGGCAUGGAUGUUUUUGCCUUGCUGGAGCGAGCUGUUGCUGUGUAAAUGCCACAAGGCUUUCUGUGAUCUUAUUCUCAUCUCCCUCCAUCUGUCCUUCGCUAGAGGCCAGGUUUGAAGAAUUGCACAACCAUUUCUGUGUUCCCAAAGGGGCUUUGGCCAUGUUUCCCGAAUAUUCCCCACCUUCCUGCCAGGGCUGUAUGGGAAAACCUUUUUUUGAAACAGAGAGUAGUUUCAAAAACAGCAUGUGAGGUCUGAUGUUCAAAGGCAAUAUCCCCCAGGGUGUACACAAGCCCUUUGAUGUGCUUAAAGUAGCUCUUUGGAUCCAGACCACAAUGUGGAAAUUGAAAAAAAUGGGGAGGGGGGUUUGCAGGGGAACGUUCUGGAACAUUGCAUCCUCAGGUUACAGUCUGAGAUGCACUUUUCUUACGCAUUGGCAUAAUAAAUCAGGGACCAAAUUAACUGUUUUCAAGGACAGUGUGCCGCGAUGCAAGUCAAGCAAGACUGUAAAAUGGAAGCAGCCUACAUAACACAAUGUGCUUCCCCCCGCCCCACACAGACAAGAGAGCAAGAAGAACGGCGUGCUUGCAUUUGUGUAGGUGCAGCAGGUGUCUGAUGGAUGGUGUACGUUAUCUCUUGCUCCUACUUCUCUUUGUCUCUCACUUAUUCCCCCCUUUUGUUCAUUUAGAUUUAAAUUUACUUAAAUCUUCCUACGUUUUCUUUGAAAAAAUAAUAAUAAUAAUGUUUUUUUUAAGAGCGAACAUGUAAAUCCUAAAAUAGCUAACAUCUGGUGAGUGGGUGCUUUGUACACACCAUACAGUUAAAGCACAUACCACCACCACAUCCCAAAAUCCUCCUAAGUCCCCAACCUCCCCUUUCUCACCUUCAGCUUGUCCUGGUGUGUACCAGUCAUGGCUGGGAUCCUUUUCCUCAUCCUUGGUGUCCUUUCAGUUUAUGACAGUGUCCUUUCUUCAGCCCACCUCCAGUGCCACCAUGUGUACUGCCCUGGCCCCGCCAUGAUGGAACUGUUGUCGGUUUAGCAAGGCUGGAUUCUUCCUACACUUACAAGUUGAAACCAGAGGGAGUGGGGCUGGCAUAAAAGGCAAAGUUGGGAGCAGUCGGUGCGCACCCACACACGGUUUGAGCCAUUGCCCAUUCACCCAAAUGUCCUCACCAAUCAGGACCAAAUGGCUGACUUAGAGACCCUUUAAACUCUCCCUUAGCCAAUUUGCUUUGAAGUGGGAGAAGCUGUAGCUCAGUGGGAGAUCACACCCUUCUUGUGGAAAAGAUCCCCAGCUCAGUUCCCAGCAUCUUCAGGGAGGGCAGGGUCAGUAUAAGCUUACAGUAUGAGACAGCUUUAUGCAAGUCAAAGGGAAAUGCAUUAUUUUAAGAGAAUAUAUGCAAGGAAAGGCAAUAUUCUUACAGCGCCAGAGCCCUGAGAAUUGGUAACCAAUAGUUUUGUACAGUGGUACCUUGGGUUAAGAACUUAAUUCGUUCUGGAGGUCCGUUCUUAACCUGAAACUGUUCUUAACCUGGUACCACUUUAGCUAAUGGGGCCUCCCGCUGCUGCUUUUGCACUGCCGUCGUGCGAUUUCUGUUCUCAUUCUGAAGCAAAGUUCUUAACCCGAGGUACUAUUUCUGGGUUAGCAGAGUCUGUAACCUGAAGCGUCUGUAACCUGAGGUACCACUAUACUGAAAAUCAGGGGUGGACAGAAGGCAGGCUAGGAUCUCAUAGUAGAUUUCUGAGCAAUGAUUUAUGUUAUUUCAACAAGAGUUUCUGAUGCCCAGUUGUUUUAACAUUUAGCAACAACAAAGGGGCACCUUUUCCUCCUUAAAUUCAGCUGCUUAAAUGCAGGAAACUUGCAGGGCAUUCAACUAAGUUUUACUCAGAGUACACCGAUUGAGAUCAAUUGACCAACCAUAGCCAUGUUCAUUCAUUUCAAUGAGUUUGCCUUGAAUAAAACAUAGUUGAAUGCCACUCCUAGAAUGGACUUUUGUGGGGAAGGAUUAUGAGUAUGGUUCAGUUCUGGUACUGAAAACAAAUUAUUGAACUCAGAAUAUGCUCAGAGGCACCCUGUUCUUUAAAUCUAAUUGUAUGCCUUUUGAACUUUGUUUUGGUUGGUAGAUCUUGGACUUCCGGUAAAAAAGAAAGAAAUAAAGAAAUGUUUGUGUAUUUGCAUCUCAGAACUGGGUGCUCCUUGAGCAUUUUUGGGAAACCUCUUUUUGAGACAGUGGUGUUGCAAAAGAGACUGUUUACUUGUCUCAAGAUGAAUGCCGGAACUCAGAUUUCUGAAGAAUCCAUGUUUUAUGGAUUGUGACAUCUGUUUAAUACUGAGCCAUAGCAGCUUGCCAUUUAGCAAGAGUAAUCUGUGGAAAUUAGGCAAUUGAGGAAAACUCUCUUCUUCUCUUGCAACUGUAUGCCUUUAAAGUAUUGUAAGUAAUAUGCUGCUGGGACUCUGAAAACAGUUUUUUAAAUCCAGUGCUUCAAAUACCCCACCUUGAAAUAUUUCCUAUGAAAGUACUGUUUGUAAAUACUGAAACAAAAUACAAAAUUCCAUGUCACCUUUUGCAGAAGAAGACCAAAGAGGCUUGUGGCACCUUAAGGACUGUUAGGGUGGCAUAAAUUUUCAUAGACUAGAGUCAGUUAAGAUACUAAAAGGCUUAGUUUUUGCUGCUGCAGCCUAUGAUAGCUACCCCUCUUUGUUCUGUAGUAUAUUUUGUGGCCUCUCACAAAUCCUCCCAUGAAAUGAAUGGGAAAAUUGUGUAUUCCUGAACUCAUCCCUCAUAUUUUCCUCUUGAAGCUGAAACUCGCUGCUUUUAUUUGGCAAAAACAAAAAAAACCCCAACUCCUGAAGUAUUCCUUCUCGUAUCAGCAAAGGUGAAUUCACCCAAAGGUGACUUCCUUCUAUGUGACAAAGCUAUGGCAGGUGAGUUGCCAUUUGGCUGAGUCAUAAUUUGUAGUGUUUUCCUACAAAAGCACUCAGGGAAUUCCCUUCUGAGAAAUGUUCCCAUAUCCUGAGGAGGAAGAUAGUUGUACAAAAAGCCUGACCUUUUAAAAAGUAUGACACACUCUUUAUGCUAUGUGGUGCAACGAUUAUGAGCCCAUGACUGGGAACUGGGACUGUUGGCUGCUGUUCCUUGCUUGUACGGAUAACCUGGUGCAGUUUUGAUUCCAUCAAACUGAUGUCUAAAUUCCCAUCGAUUGCAGUCAUCUUGGGGUUGUACUAUCACUACUGUUGAUUACAUAAUGUUGUAGUUUUCGUAUGUCAGCCUGGAACUUCUACGCCCAAAUGCGCAUCUAUGCACCUGUGUUCUAAUCAUGUGUUCCAUCCCCGGUCAAUUGUGAGACAUGACAAUGCACUCUCUCACCCAUUCUCCUUGUGUCACAUAUCCCAUUUCUGACUGUGGGGGUACCAUAUAUCUGCACCCAAAAGUCAAAUUCUCAGUUUGUGGUGGGGCAGUCUCCUCCCCUUCUGACAAUAAGGCUCCACUUUCUAUCAAAGGAUUUCAAUUACACGGUGUUUACAGUCUUACUGUAGCUGUUUUAGAUUUCCUGUCUUAUUGCUGAUGGUUUUUGAGAGACUAUGACAAAACAGGGAAGGGAACCUCUUUGCUCUCUAGGGCAAUGACUGUGGGGCAGCAAACCACGUGCAGGUUUUUUUUCAUAGCUCCAUGUGACAGCCAUCCUCUUGUGGCAAGUGAUUUGAGUGCAAUGGCUCACUAGGAAAUUGUCUCCACUUCUCUGCCAAUGUUCUCUCUUUUUUUUAAAAAAAUUGCCCCAUUCACAUGGUAGGACGCUGUCUACAAAUGCCUUGUAUUUAGGGGCACAUCUUCUGCACAGAGCAAUUUUGAAAUACUUGUUUUACUGAACAAAGCAAGAACCAAAUCCAUUGCUCUUCAGUAUUAACAGGAGGUUUUCAAAUAGCUGGUGAUGGCUUUCACCAUGUCAGUGCAGUGGGUGGGAUCAUGUGGGCCACAGAAAAGGGGUGGGGAACUGGAUCUGGCCAAAGGGACAAACCUAGAAAAGCCAACAGAAGCAGAGAGGUUGGAUGGUGUUUUUGUAUGGCAGGUGCAGUGUAGUUUGAGGAAAACAAAUGCACAUCUGUGGGGAGGAAGUCCACAAUGGAAAAUGCCCUCUAAUUGCACCAUGCAUAAUUUGGAGUGUCAGUGUAGUGUAGUGGUUAGAGCAGGGGUCCGCAACCUAAGGCCCAUGGGCUAGAAGCGGCCCGCGGAGGUCGUUUGACCGGCCCAUGAGCCGCCCGCUCGCACACUGCACUAAACCAGCGCAGCGUGGGGACUCGCUUCCACAGUACCAAAAAUCACGUCUGUGCGUGUGAAGACGGUGAAAAUUGCGGGCGCAUGCACUCAUGAUCUGGCCCACGGAGGGAUCUCCGUGGGACCGAUCUGGCCCAGGCAAGAUAAACCUUGCUGACCCCCGGGUGAAAGGGUCAGACUAGGACCUGGAAGACCAGAGUUCAAGUCCCCACUUGGCCAUGAAAUUAACUGAGUGACCAUGAGUCAGUCAUGGCCACUCUGCCUAAUCUACUCCACUCAUACUGGUGGGUCUUCGCUUCACCUGCUCAUCAUCAGCUUUGGAUGAUUCAUCUAUGCUCUUAGAAUUCCAUAUUGCAGUGCUAACCAGAAGCAUGUUUCAGUAAACAUCUGGGAGAAACAGUCAGCCUUUGAACCAAGUGUGAACGUUAUAUAUUUUAAUGGGAUAUUUUUAUAUCUACAUUCUAACUUGAAUGCCUCAGUGCAAGGUGGGGCAGGAUUCAAAAGCAAAUAAGGUAAAUGAAUCACUAUUCCUCUUCUGCCAACAGACUAACAAGAUUUGGGGAGGGCCCUGUGCAGGAGCCCAUCGGUGGUGUCACCUUGACCAUUGAGGAAGGAGGAACAGCGAGGGUGGGGUGCUAGGACUGAGAAAACACCCAAGUAUUAUCUGCGCAAAAAACUUGGAGAGGCACCUAAACUUUUUAAAUAUUAAGGCAAAAGCCAAUAUUACAAGGUACCUUUUGGUAUCAUGUGAACUUGGACAAAGCAUAUUUUGUGCAUGUGAAUUCAUAUUUGCCAUUCACAAUGUUGACAGACUUUCUUUGUAGCGAUGCAACCAUCUAAAAAAACCAGGGGAAUUUUCACCACACUGUCAACAUGCUUGGGCAUUACCCAGCUGUUCAGGGGAUGCAUUCAAGUUGCCAAUUCCACCUUUUCCUCUUGAGUUCCUUUCUUCUUUCACCACCUCUCUUACACACACACACACACACACACACCACAUUUUCACAUUUGUUUCAAGCAUUUCUUAUUGAAUUUGAUUGUCUGCACUUCUUUUGCUAAUUAAGUUUUUCCCCCUCUCCCUUUUUUAAAGGUUGCAUUAUUUAAAGUAUUUUUUUAAAUUACCUGCCCCCUUACCUGCCCUUCACUGUAAGCUUCCAGGGCUGUUUCAAAAAAUCUAUACAUUAAAAAAAUGUAUGAAUACUGUCAUGCUGUAGUUUCCUUAGCUGCUGUGAACUACAGUGUGACAGCAAAUGGGGCUGUCAGCAUUUUUGGACCAUCACAGCAGAAUCAGAGAGUGAGGAGACGUCAAUAGAACUGGUGAUGGAGGCAGGCAGGUGGUUGGGUGGCUUCGAUGAGAAGUAAAGGAACGGGGUGGGUGGCUUUGGCGAGGAGUAGCUUCACUGAGGACUGAAGGGAGGCAGCAGGUGGCUUAAGUGAGAUAAAAGUGAGGCAGUGGGUGACUUUGGUGAAGGAGAUUGUGGCAGGUAGGUGGAGUUGGUGAGUGCAGUGAGCAGGGGCACAGGUCCUGGUUACCUAGUAUAAUCACACAAUUUACUUCAUUCCUGAAAAGCAAAUCAUUUCUUCUAGUUUCCCCUUGGUUUUUCUAAAUUGACCAUUUGUGCUUGACGUGCCAUGGAAGCCUGCUAAGCAUCCUGGAUCUUAUUGAUCUAUGACGUGAGGAGAGAAUUCAGAAGAAACUGGAAAGCACAAAAAAUAUUGACAAGUCUCUGAGAAUGGCUGAUCAGAUGGCUCAGAGAGAUUACAAGUGUGCAGCGUUACUAGUCCCAUGGUAAAAAUAAGGCCCUCAAGUGCAGCUACACAUUUGUUUUGUCAACCCUGCAAUCCAGGUUUCAGUUUUCUGAUUUUACUCUUAUUGUUUGAUGCAAAUUGCUUUGGUUAGGCUUUUAAAUGAGUGCAGGAUGCAAAAUUUAAAACAUAAAUGCCUGUUCCCUCCCCACCAAGGUGUGCCUGGCUUCUUCACUAUACAGUGGUACCUCUGGUUACGAACUUAAUUCGUUCUGGAGGUCUGUUCUUAUGCUGAAACUGUUCUGAUCCUGAGGUGCAAUUUCGCUAAUGGGGUCUCCCACGGCAUGAUUUCCGUUCGCAUCUUGGGGCAAAGUUCACAACCAGGAGCAGUUACUUCCGGGUUAGCGGAGCUUGUAACCUGAAGCGUUCGUAACCAGAAGCAUUCGUAACCAGAGGUACCACCGUACAGCUUUCAGCGAAUGCUGAAGACACACCUUUUUAGCCUGGCCUUUGACACCAGAAAAGUGUUUUCAGGCCCUACCUUAUUCUUGGGAUUGUAAUCUAUUUUAACUGUUUUUAAUUUUAACCCACCCUGGGACCUGUUGGUGAAAGGCAGGUAGUAGGUUUAACAAUGAAUAAUAUAGUUUAAAAAGGCAAAUGCUUCCAAGAUCAUAUUGACAAAUCCAGUACUGAUCCCCAGGUAUACCCAUUGGAUGCUGGCUCAGGGUAGUGUUGUUGUUUUGUAGGGAAUAGGAAUGCAAUAUCAUACCAGGGUAUAAAGAAUUGCAGCAUCUCCUCAAAAAUAUGUUAUAUCUGUAUUCACAUUGUGUUUGAAAAAUUUGCUGAACCACUCCUAGAGUCCUUGCACUUGGCCUGCAUUGGUGCUUUCUGGAAGCAGCCACAUGGGAGUUCAUGAAGUACUAUCACCUAUGAUAUGUUCUGGUUUUCAUCUGUUUUGUCUUUCUGCUUUUAUCUUUUUUUAUGUGUUAGCUGGCCCAUGUGCCCUGCUGCUUGCCCCACCUCAGUCCCUUCCAUUUUUCACAUUUGGCCAGAGCCCCUUUCUCAGCUACUAUAUUUUUCUCCAUAGGUUCAUAUUCUCAACAGAAAAGAAGCAGACCGCUUCACAUUUUAAAAUGAACUUCCAUUGGGUUUCUUAAGAACAGAUUGUCCCAUUGAGCUUUGAAUAUUUUCUAUUCUAAAGCAACAGCCCUUAGCAUUUGACUAGUGUGAGUGCCAGCCAUUUCUCGGAACAUUUUUCUUUGAUUCAGUCGUUUGAAGAUUGGGCUAUAAGUGAGUGGAAGCUUUCAGACAUAGUCUGAUGAAUAUAAAGAAACAGCACAGCGAAAUUGUUUCUUUUUCCCUUUUAUUGUGGGCUUUUAUGUUUUCCUUAAAGAUCUAGAAGUAGACUUUAGAAAGAUUUUAGCAGUGUGUCAUUUGGGGCCUGAUCUUAACAUUAGAAUGUAAGAAGAGACCUGCUGGAUCAGGUCAAUGGUAAUGAGAAAUCUGCAGUGUGUUGGACACCCAAAAAUAUAGUUUUUGCCUUUUGGAAAUAAUUAUUAACUAUUAUUUGGUGAUUGGAAGGGAGAAUAUAUGUGCAAUUGUAAAGCAAGAAACGUUUGCUUUAAGAUCCACUCAUUCAAACCAUUUGACCCAUUCUAACCAUUCAGUUUUCUUUAUGACUAAAAGAAAGUGGUUUCUCUUGUGUGUUCCUUUUCUAAGAAGCAGUUAUAUGUGGGAGUAGUAUAACCAGACAGGAAAUCUCAUUGUAGCUAUGUAUAGACCACCACAGUAAUAUCCACACCUAAAAUUAGAGGCAGACUAUUAUAAAAGGAAACAGGUAGAAGGAGGCAUUCAGUGGUUCUAAAACAACGCAAGAACACAGAAUUUCCUAUUUAUCUGAGUACGGAUAGCUUUUUGCCAUCCUGAAUUCCUGCAGGAUUUGUUUUCAGGUACUCCACAGUGAUCACAGGUCUUUUCCAUUGGUAAUCAGGCUUUUGAAGACUGCCUUCAAAGUUUAGAUAGGGCCAAGCUAGGUUUCUUCAAACAGGACUACUGCUUUUGCGCAAGGCCAGUUUGACCAUACAGAUGGGGUAGGCAGAAGCGACACAAUUCAAGGGCUAUGCUAGAAGCAAUGUCCAAAUCUGGACUUUUCUGCUGCUUCCAGCACAGCUGGCUUCCCAAAAUGCUGUGUGACAUCUUGGGAGGUACUCUUAGUUCAAGCUGGGCCAACCUCGCCCUGUUUGUGGCGGAAAGAGAAUGUGAGCUGGCCCAGGCUUUGUGCUCAUCCUUGCUGUGAUUCAACUUCCAACCCUCCCUUCCUCUUAUAGCUUUGGCUUCCUGUUGUGUUUCACUGCCAGCCAACUCCUAACCAUUUCUACAGUUUCAAUGCAGCCUCUCUCCCCCCAGGAUAUUGAGGGUGGAUGGUGGUAGGAAUGCAAGGGGAGAGAACCAAAAUAUGAGCCAAAAAUAUGAGAAGGUGGGAGUUUAACUGCAGUGGCAAGUGAAGGAAGACGUGUAGGCACCUAUAUUUUUUCUAAAUUUUCAGCCUAUAUUCUCUUAAGGCUGGGGUGGCAACCUUUUUCAGCUCAAGGGACACAUUCCCUUCUGGACAACCUUUGUGGUGUGAGAGGGCAUCACAAGCCAAUGAUCAGAAGCAAAAGUGGGAAGAGUAAAUGUUAUCUUUGGAUAGUAGGCUGGUGAGGGUUUGGCUUGGGAGAGUAUGUAGCCUAGGGAGUGGUUUUCUGGCCAGAUAGAAAGGUCUGUAUUUGGUCCUUGAGCCUGAGAUACCCGCCUCCCUGUGCUAAGGGCUUAUUUGUUAAAUGUAAUUUCAGCUUCAGCAGUGGCCUGCAAUAAUUCAGAGGUUCAGAUCUGACCAUAGAGGACAAUGUGUUAUCCAGUAUUAAGCUAGAAAUACAAGAAUGCAAGAUGUGGUCCAUGUAUUAGAAGCUUGUUUAUGUCUUCAUUGUCUUUAAUUCUGGUUCACUGAAUGUUUGCUGCUUCUUUUUCUUUCUUCCCAUAGCUGCUGAAUGUUGUCAGCUACCUAGCACAGCAGAAUCCACGGAUGCUUAUACUGGGGCGCAAACACAUGCUGAAGAAAUCUUCUCAGUGGCACAGAAAUGAUAUGGCUGCUCUGCAGAAGAAAGCACACUUCUUCUUUACUGAAAACCUGUAUGUUCUGAUGUUUAACAAUGUCAUCUUCAGAAACAUUUAUACUGUACUAGAUUCAAGUUGUAGCUUUAAGACACUUUGACAAGCAGACCCUGAGUUUGAUCAUUUAUGUGAUGGGAUUAUGAGCUGCUUGUGCGUAAAAUCGUAUUCCCUCAGAGUUUGUUCAAGUCCACAAACCUCUGUCUGUGACUGAGCCCCUCUGACAUGGCUCCUCUAGUCACUAGAAGAUUCCGACAGUGGUUGCUUUCGUAAUCGCUUCCAACAUAAAAGCUCCUUAACGGAAACACGUCUUCUGGACUCUCUGCGUGACAGUUUCCGGCGAGGAGUGGGUGUCGCUACAGGAGGUCCGGAAACCUCACCACUGUUUUCGCUGGAAGUAUCUCUGAGCCAUCCCCCAGCUCCCUUUCCCUCAGUUCAGCUUCUCUCCCCUGCUGGUUUCCUCUUCCGCUGCUGAGUCUCUUCCAACCUGUCUGAGCCCUUUCACCUCCCUCAGUUCAGCUUCUCUCCUUGCUGGUUCCCUCUUCAGCUGCUGAAUCUCUUCCAACCUGUCUGAGUCCUUUCACCUCCCUUCCUUCCGAUGGCAGUUCCCUGACAUCCACCUCCCCUCCAGGGCCCCCUUCACCCCCUCUCGCCCCCUCCUCUACGGGCGGUGAGGAGGUAAAACCCGGAAUGAACUUCCUUCAUCUUCCGAUGUCUCGAACACUUCUCUCCACCUGUUGCGGUUCCUGGUCUCGAAGCCUCCUCCUCCUCCGAGUCCAUCUCCCUUCCCCUUCCGAUUCUGGGAAUCCUUCCAACUCCUCCUCCUCCUCAGUGGUCCCAAAGUAUUCCCUCCGGAACCUCUCCACAGGCUGAGGUUUCCGCGGGAACCUUUGAUGGAACAUUUCUAUCAAUACCUCAUCAUUGAUAUCUUUGGCCAUUACCCACGUGUUUUCUGACUCCGGUUCUCCUUCCCACGCUACCAAAUACUCCACCUGAUUCCCCUUCCACCUGGCAUCAAGGAUUUCUGCCACAUGACUGCUGCAUUCUCUUUCUUCUAUGACCCGGUCCCGAGUGGCCAUCCCUUCUCGUCCCCCCUCGUACGGUGACAGUAACGACCUGUGAAAUACUGGGUGCAGUUUCAUGUGGUUGGGUAACCGGAGCCUGAAAGCCACUGGGUUGACCUGUUGAAUGACCUCAAAGGGACCCAACCUCCUGGGUCGUAAUUUCUUACAACCUCCUUUGAGCGGCAACCCUCGGGUUGACAGCCACACCCUAUCUCCAACCCUUAUGGUUUCACCUUCCCUUCGGUUCUUGUCUGCCUGCCUCUUGUAUUCUUCCUUCGCCCUUUCUAAGUUGAGUUGGAGCUGACGGUGGAUUGCUUCCAUUUCUUCUACAAAAUGCUCGGCUGCCGGUACGCUCCAUCUCUCCCCUUCCCCCCCUGGGAAAGCCCUGGGAUGACACCCAUAAUUAGCCAAGAAGGGGCUCAUCCCUGUGGACACAUUCUCGGCAUUGUUGUAGGCAAAUUCCGCCAGCGCCAACUUUUCUACCCAGUCAUUCUCUCUGUCAUUGACAUAACACCUCAGGUAUUGCUGGAGGACACCGUUUGCUCUUUCCGCCUGCCCGUUGGUUUCAGGGUGCCGGGCAGUCGAAAGUUGACCUCCACCUGCAGUAAGCUCAUGAGCUUCCUCCAGAACCUGGAAGUAAAUUGUUUUCCUCGGUCUGAGACCACCCUCAAUGGCACCCCGUGCAACCUAAAAAUGUGUUCUACAAAUAACUCUCUGUCUCUUCCGCCGUGACUGCAUGCGAGCAAGCUACAAAGUGGCACAUCUUUGUUAGUAGGUCUACCACCACCAUGAUGGCUGUUUUCCCUUUGGACUUCGGCAGAUCAGUCAUAAAAUCUAUCGACACUGCCUCCCAAGGUCGUUCUGGUGUUGGUAGGGUUCUAAUAGCCCCGCCGGCGCCCGCCUUUCCCCUUUGGCUCGCUGGCACUGCUCGCACCCUCUUACAUACUCACGUACAUCCUCCCUCACCUUAGGCCACCAAAAUUCCCUGGUGACCAACCACAUGGUUUUGUGUUGCCCAAAAUGCCCCGCCGUGGGGCUGUCAUGCAACUGCUUGAGUACCCUCCCCUUAAGUCUCCUUCAGGGAUAUACAGUGCCCCUUUGUAAUACAAAGCUCCAUUUCUUUCCUCGAAAACCUUGAUUCCUCUCCCUCAUCCCUAAGACCUCUGAGCUUAUUCUGGGCGUAUUCAUCAUUCUCUGUUUCUUCUACCAGUUCUCUUUGUCCCACCAAUGCCGCCCCACACACCCAGCGGUCCUCUGGAAUGACAUGUCUCUCAACGGGUGCUCCCUCCCCUCCCAAUAUUCAGGUUUGCGUGAGAGAGCGUCCGCCCUAAUGUUCUCUGGGCCUGGCACGUAACAAAUCUCAAAGUUAAAUUUGGAGAAUUCCUGGGCCCAUCUCACUUGCCGUUGGUUGAGCACUCGUGCCGUCCUCCAAUACUCUAGGUUCUUGUGGUCAGUGCACACUUGCACCUUAUGUUGUGCGCCAAUUAGCAGGUGCCUCCAUCUCCGGAACGCCUCAUGAAUGGCUAGUAGUUCUCGGUCAUACACCGUGUAGUUCCUCUCGGAUUUGUUCAGCUUUCGCGAAAAAAGCACACGGUCUCCACUCUGACUCCUCCUUCCCUGGCUGGAGAAGCACCGCCCCAACCGCUCUGUCUGAUGCGUCAGUUUCCACUCUCAUCGGUUUUUGUAAAUCCACAUGCAGGAGCUGUUGUUCCGAGGCGAAGGCCCUUUUAGUUCCUCAAAUGCUUGCUCCGCCUCCUCCGUCCAAACGAACUUCUUCUUACUGCUGAGACAGUCCGUAAUGGGCGCCGUCAGGUGGGCAAAGUUUGGGAUGAACUUACGAUAGAAGUUCCCAAACCCUAAAAACCUCUGCACAUCCUUCCUUGUUUUGGGUGUUUUCCAUUCCAGUACCGCCUGGACCUUGUCGGGAUCCAUGGCCAACCCCUUGUCAGACAGGCGAUACCCCAGGAAUUCCACCUCCUUGGUAUGAAACUGACACUUCUCCAGUUUCACCCACAGCUGGUUGGCUUGCAGCCUGCUCAACACUUCUCUGACGUCUCUCACAUGCUGCUCCUCAUUCUCAGAAUACACCAACACGUCGUCUAAGAAGGCCACACAAUUCUUGUAAAGCAACGGCCCCAGGACGUGGUUCAUAAACGAUUGAAAUGUUGCGGAGCCUGCUUGUAGACCGAAGGGCAUAACUAAGUAUUCAAAUGCCCCUAAAGGGGUGAACAUGGUGGUUUUCCAUUCAUCCCCCUUCCUUAUUCGUAUCAGGUUGUACGCCCCCCUUAGAUCCAGCUUGGUAAAAAUCUUUCCCUUCCGCACCCUUGUCAAAAUGUCGUCAAUCCUGGGCAUCGGGAAGGCCACUGGUUCUGACACUGCAUUUAAGGCCCUGAAGUCACACACCAGUCUCGGCUUGUUCGUGUUUUUUGUGGACAAAAACACUGGGCUGCCCCCCACCGCCCUGGACUCUCUGAUGAACCCUCUCUUCAGGUUCUUGUCAAUGAACUCUCUUAGCUCCUGCAUCUCUCUGUCUGACAUGGCGUACAGCUUGCCCACAGGGAGCUGUGCCCCAGGGAGCAAAUUGAUUUGACAGUCAAAGGCUCUAUGCGGUGGUAGUUGGUCAGCUUCCCUUUCGCUGAAGACGUCGCGGAGAUCUGCGUAUUGUCGUGGUACCUUCACGUUCUCCGUCACUUCAGUCCCUGCUAGAGUGGCUUGGGCCCCUGCCAAAACCCUUCCCUCUUUGCAAUGUUCUAAGCAAUGUGCUGACCCAAAAGAAACCACUCUUUGAUGCCAGCCCACCAGCGGAUCAUGUAACGCUAGCCAGCUCAUCCCCAAUAUAAUGGGAGCUCCUCCCAAGGUGGCCACAUUAAAUGCUAUUAGUUCGGUGUGCCUUGCCACCUUCAUUAUCAUUGGGACGGUCUGCAAGCUGACUUCUCCUCCCAACAGCUCCCUGCCAUCGAUCGUGGUUACCUGCAGGGGUUGCUUAAAGGGAGCGUCUGUAUCUGGUGUUCAGCUGCAAACUCUUUGCUCAUGAAAUUGCAGGAGCUGCCUGAGUCCAACAGCGCCUUUAUCUUUAGAGGGUGUCCGUUUGGCAGCUCUAGUGUCACUUCUAUCACUAGGGCGGGUUUAGGAGGUUCUGGAGUGGGCACUUUCACUGCUCUUUGGCCUGGCUGCUGUGCCCCGACAAUGGCAGCCAGGCGUUGGCUUUUAGUUGCUCCGGUAUUUUUCCUCUCUUCCCUCCACAGCUCCCACCAUCCCUUGCCAUUCCUUCCUCUGGGGGCAGACUCUGGCAAAGUGCCCUGGCUGUUGGCAGAGAUAGCAUUUCCGGGCGCCUUUUCCAUCCUUCUUUCCCCCUCACUGGGCUUUGAAACUGCGCGCGCGCGCUGUUCCGAUUUCCAUCGGCUCUGCCGGCGGGACAGUUGGCUCUGGAAUGUCUGGAAUGCGGAACUCCUUCCAACGUUCCCCUUCCCUUCCCGCCUCUCCAAUGCUCUCGCCUCCUGGCGCGCUCCUAUGGCCAGCGCUGAUUUGGUCAGCUGGUCCAUAGACUCCGCCCUGGGCGCCCGGGAAAGUUCAUCUUUCACAGCCGAAGAAAGCCCUUCUUCAAAGAGCAUUUGAAUGGGUUCCGCCGAUAAGUCCCACCCCAAUCUGUGUAUCAGCAUGGUGAACUCAGUCCAGUACUCACGUACAGAUCGGCUCCCCUGUUUGCAAGCCAUUAACUGUCUGCGCACCACUCCCUUUUCAAUAUCGCUGGAAAACAUCAGAUCCAUGGCGCGAAAGAACUUCAUCGUGUCCUUUAGGACGUCACUAUGCGCUGCCAUCAGGGGUCUCACCCAGUCUCUCGCCCCCUUUUCAAGAUGCCCAAUCACAAAAGCCACUCGUGAUUCCUCAUCAGGAAAUCAUCAAACUGCAGAUUGAGGGCAUAUUGCAUUUCUGUCCGAAAGCUAUGAUAGUCUUUGGGCUCCCCCCCAAAUUUCUGCACCAAUCCUGGUACCUUUCUGGCGAGCUGGGUGGCUUUCUCCCUUUGUCUGCAUCUUGAGCCCUCCUCUCCUCCAGCCUCGCCGUCUGCAGCGCCAGCUGGACCUCCAACACCCGGUACCUUUCUUCCAGGCUUGGACCCGCUCCAGCCCCUGCUUCUCCGGUUCCUGCUGGGUUGCUCAUUAUGCCUUCUCCUGCACAAGCUGCGUUCAAAGACUGUCGGAAUGCUGUGAUGGGAUUAUGAGCUGCUUGUGCGUAAAAUCGUAUUCCCUCAGAGUUUGUUCAAGUCCACAAACCUCUGUCUGUGACUGAGCCCCUCUGACAUGGCUCCUCUAGUCACUAGAAGAUUCCGACAGUGGUUGCUUUCGUAAUCGCUUCCAACAUAAAAGCUCCUUAACGGAAACACGUCUUCUGGACUCUCUGCGUGACAGUUUCCGGCGAGGAGUGGGUGUCGCUACAGGAGGUCCGGAAACCUCACCACUGUUUUCGCUGGAAGUAUCUCUGAGCCAUCCCCCAGCUCCCUUUCCCUCAGUUCAGCUUCUCUCCCCUGCUGGUUUCCUCUUCCGCUGCUGAGUCUCUUCCAACCUGUCUGAGCCCUUUCACCUCCCUCAGUUCAGCUUCUCUCCCCUUGCUGGUUCCCUCUUCAGCUGCUGAAUCUCUUCCAACCUGUCUGAGUCCUUUCACCUCCCUUCCUUCCGAUGGCAGUUCCCUGACAAUUUAAGGCAAAUGUUUUUAGUUGUACAAGCAGUACAUUCUUGAUGGGUUGCAUUUCUUAAUUUUGAACUUCUCUGCAAUAUUUAAAUCCUUUUCCCAGCCCAAGGUAAUAUAAAACAAAUGCAGGUCUUUUGUUGUCGCUGUUCAGUAGUGCAGCUUUGCCUUGUAGGUAUUUAAUCAAUGAUCAGCUAUUUUGUAUUCCCAACCACAUUUGAACACAGUAAGUGUGCCAUCCUAGCCAUUAAGGCUAAGCAGCCGACGAGGUGUUUAUCAGACGAAGCUGAGCUCGUUAAAACAUGCCUCUCUCAUCCAAAAGAUCAAGCAAAUUGGCAUCGGCGAAACUAUCCAGAACUGCUAGAUGAGCAGCCUGUGAUAGAGAAAUUAGGUUGACUUGAGCAUUCAGCCGAAAGAUCAAACACCUCUCAUUAUCCAUUUAAUCUCUUUCUCUAAUACUUUCUCCUCCUUACAUCCAUGUAUAGUUCAUUCUGGAAACACAAUGAAAUGAAGCAGAUACAAUGGGCUGUACCCAACUAAUUCAAAAUAUACCCAUUAAAAUUAAUGGGCCUAAUUCAGCCAUGUCUAUUAAUUUCAAUGGGUCAAUGAUUAACAUUGGCUACAACCUUGUAUCUUGUGUUAGGACAUAGCCUUGAUUUACUAUUAGGUGUUGGCAGUGCUCACAUGCACACUGGGAAAAAUUGCAUUUCUCAUCACAUGGAAGCGUCUGUCAAAACAGAGAAGAGAAAAGAGAAGCUUGAAUACUAUUUAUUACUUACGUCUGCUGGGUGUCUCAUAAAAUGAGUUCUCUAGUCUGGAGGGUGUACUAAAACAUAAUACAAUAAAAAGUGUCAUAGACUUUCAACAUCCAGCUCAACAUAAAACUCAAGUACAAAAAAUCCAACAUACUAAAAUGCGGUAUAAAUCACAGGAGCUAAAUCACUAAUAAGGGCUAAAAUAACAUGACCUUAAAAGGCUGGAGUGUGUGUACCAGAAGGACAGCAAUGGAGGGGAGAUUCACUAGGGACAGCAUUGCUUACCAGACCGAAAACAAUGAAAAGGCCCUUUCUCUUAUGGUUAUUAUUUAAACUUCAGAUUGAGGAGGUGCAUGUAGAAGGUGUCUCUGUCCUCACCAUUAAAGGCUUGGGCUGGUAGGUAUCCUACCUGGUACUGAAGUUUCUAGUUGUGUAGAAUUUUAUAGGUCAAAGCUGGCACUUGGAAUUGGGCCCAAAAUUGAUUCCAGAAUCAGUUAAGCCAAGAGAGAAGCAGAAUAUCCUGAAAUGCUUAACAAAGAGCACUCAACAAAGCUUUACCUAUUUCAAUUACCUCUGGUCAUAAAACAACACAGAAUUAGCAUACGGUGUUAUUUUUGCAGCAAAACUCUAUAAACCUUAAUAGCUUGCCUUAUUUUAGUACAAUUGAAUGUGCUUCUGUAAAAUUUUGAAAAUAAAUCCGCUGUGAAACUGAGAGACACAAUUUUGUUAAAUGGUUAAAUUUUGAAAGCUAUCCAGCAGACCAGGUGUGGGUAAUCUGUGGCCCUCUGGAUGUCACUGGACUACCAACUCCAUGAGCCCUGGUAAGCAUGGCCAGUUGUCAGAGGAUGGGAGUUGUAGUCUUGCAGCAAUUGAGGGCCAUGCAUUAGCCAUCCCUGCAAUUGCUGUUGUUGGCCUCUUAUCUGUUUUGAGAGACAGUGGAGUGCGUCUCUGGGGAAGUGAUCUCUCCAGGGCACAAGCCUGGGCAGUGUGUAUGGAGGUCCUGGGCUGCCCAUAGAAAAAUACCCCCCCCCGGCCUCAUUGAUGUGGUCCAAAGGAAAGCAGAGCAAUAUGCUUGGCUGCAGAAGUUGCUGGAAGGAGGCAAGUUGCCAUCCAGCAGUCUUAGGGACUCCACUCUGGAUUUGUGUAGGGUUUACUCCUUAGCUUUAUUUUUCUCCCAAAGAUAUCCCACAAGGCAGCGGAGGUUUAGGAUCAGUUUUUUCCUUCUUUUAGACUGGCUACCUUCGCAGGUUGACAAGCCCCAGCUGCCCCUAACUUCCCCCUGCAGCACAUGCAGAAACCACUAUUGGUCUUAUCUGCUCAAUCCACUGGAGCUUGUCUUUUGCAUACACAGGAAGUCCCUAACAUGCUGAGGGUUUGUGGCUCACCAGCUACCCUCACCUGGUUUACUAACCAAUCAAAGCUAUUACUGGGGUGUGGCUGCUGUUGCAUGCUGACAGCUUCUAGGAGCCACAGGUGAAAGCUUAGGGUGGGGACCAAAGGUGGACAAACUGCCCCAGAAGCAUGAUAUAUCCUCCACCAGAGGUACUACCCCUCCCCUAACACCCCCAAAAUCCCUGUAAUAGAGACAAAAAAAUCCCUGGUGAUUAAAGUUUGGAUGCUAGAUUGUUUCUCAUGCUGUGCAGAGCUACGCCUAAUUAUUUUAUGUUUAUAUCUGAUAGAUGAAAGAUAGUUCCUACUUAGAAUUAGCUACAUUUAUGUUUUGGUUUGGAUAGUUAUUUUAGAUUGCAAGCUUAUAUUGUUUCAGAUUAUAGUGAAAAGAGGACAAUGGUUUUCUAUUUUUAAAAAUACUAUUUUCUUAAAUGUGGAUGUUAAAAAUGUAGAUAGGAAAGGGUCAAGCAACUUAGUACAGUCAUACCUCGGGUUAAAGUAGCUUCAGGAUGAGUAUUUUCGGGUUGCGCGCUGUGGUGACCUGGAAGUAACGGAGCGUGUUACUUCUGGGUUUCGCCACUCGCGCAUGCGCAGACGUUCAAAAUGACAUCACACGCAUGCGCGGAAGCGGCAAAUCACAACGCGCAGACGCGGGUUGUGUUCACUUCAGGAUGCGACCGGGGCCCCGGAACGUAUCCCGUUUGCAUCCAGAGGUACCACUGUAACUUCAUAAUUAACAAAUGAGAACAGUUUAAAUAAGCUCCUGAGCAGUUUAGCAGUGUGUGAUGUUCCACCUUCUUUUUAAAGGUCUGAAGAUGAUCCAUUCCUGCUCUAUGCCACUCUUCACUCAGGAAGUCACUGUAGAUUUGUUACCAGAGAUCUAUUACGUGAUCAUAAGGCUUGUCUCUCUGACAGUCUAACUCGACGGCUGUUCUUUAAAUGGCAGCGGGGACAUCAGAUGGUGCUAUCUGACUACAUACCAGGAAAGAGGAUAAAGUUUGAGGUAUUUUUUAUUUUAAUGCACUCCUCCUGCUGAUUUAGUUUUAGUAAUGGAAAUGGCUGCAUGUGAUCAUCACAGAAUAAUAAACUGAUUUAAAAUAUGAUUAAAUUAUAACAUCAAUGGAUUAAGUUGGUAAUGUGGAGUGGGUGUAAUAUUUACUGGCCAUCCCCCAAAAUAAUUUCUUUAGGAUUUUAUUCCCGUAGUACCUAUUCUGCUUACCAAACAUAUCUGUGAAUGUAUGUUGGGAGAUGUGCAACACAUAUAUUUUUAUAGGAAGUAAAAACUAACAGUUAUUUCUCUUUCUUUACUUAACAGUCUGUAUUGAAUUUUGAUACAAUCGUGCAGACCACAGGUAACACAUGGCAUAUUCCCUAUGAUGACAACGUCUUGGAAAGAUCUUCUUAUGAAGUGCCUACAAAAUGGCUUUGUCUUCAACAGAAAUAAAGGAUGCAUUUCUCCAAACAAAAAUGUACUGUUGUCUCAAAUAAAGCAGAUACUAUGUACCUAUUAUGGAAUUCAUGUUCUGAUGCAAGAGACCCACAUUUGAUCGAACCCUGAAACUUAUCAACUCAUAUUUUAUUUCUAUAACGUAUUGUAAAUGGUGGAGAAUAUUAUAUAGCUGAUUUUAAAAUAAAAUAAAAAAAAUCAUCUUUGAUUUUU